UACAGCACUACGAUAGCCACUACUCUACAAGGCUCUACCUCAGGCAGAAAUGGACUGGCUCUCGACUGUGUGGUGGAUAUUGACGCAAUUUCCAAGUGUCACCUUAUGAUGCAGGUCAGAUAUACAGAAAUAUUCACACCAAUAUGGUGAUUUUUUGUUGUUGUUGAAAAAGUCACUCUGCGAACCUACCAAUUGAAAAUCCUUGAAUUCACCUUAAAUUGCUUUGUCAAAAAAUGAUUUCACUUUGGGAGCUCCAGUUCCCCCUGGUUCCUCCCCAUUUCCAGCGCUGAAUAUAAUACAAAAUUGGAAAUUAAUAUGAUAUGGGACCUUUUAGUGAUGUUCUUUUCUAUGCUCCCUGUAGAUUAGGAAUCCACAGAUAAAGCGCCUUUCUCCCCAGAAGGAACAUUCUGUGCAACGCCUAAAGAGUUUGAGGUAAUCUGAAAUGACUGCAUGAAUAUUGCUUGCAUUGUGCAACUUGUGUGUGUUUUUGUACAUGUUUGUGCUCUUUCUUUUCCUUGCUCCUGUGCGGGUUUCCCCCUGAUUUGAUGUGUUUUGCUUAUUCUUCGUACCUUUUGCGUCUUAGACCAAAUUUAAAUCUGCAUGUUACAAUGUGCACAUCUAUCAUUUCUUAAGUGUUUGUGCUAUCAAAUUAUGAAUUAUUAUGGAUGAUUUGAGUUACAAAAGCACAUAUCAUCCACAAUAAUGCAUGAUUUGAUAGCACAAUAGUGCAGAAAUGAUACAAGCACACUAGUCCCAGAUCAUUCCAGAUUGUUUUUCCUGAGAAUGUGAUACUCUGCUCCGACAACACCAUCAUGUGUCUGGAGGUCCUGGGGUCCUGGGGGUCUCAUCUGGUGUUUUGGUUACUCUCCCAGGGAGUCGCUAGAGAGGAGUCGCCUCAAGUUCUCCCUCCAGGGGGGAAAGGUCACGGCCCUCUGUCCGCAGGAGGGGGAGCAGCUGUGGACGCUGAACAUCAAGAGAGCCCUACUGAGCAUGAUCCAGACCUCCCGCACCACCGAGAAGCAGGAAGUAGUGAAGGAGGUGAGAGGGGAUUUAAUCCGUCUCCCAAUAUGAGUAAAAGCAGGAUAGGCCAUGCAUGAAACAUUAGGUUAGUAUUUGCAGUAGGUGGAUGACGUAUUGCAGUGGUGUCCAAAGUCUGUUCUGCACGGCUACUGCGGUUGCAGGCUUUUGUUCCAGCCCAGCACUAACCCAAUUAACUCCUAAGUAAUUAUGAUCUGCAUUGAAUACCAUGAUUCAUUAAUCAAGUGUGUCAAAGCUGGGCUGGAACAAAAGCCUACACAUCCUGUAGCUCUCCAGAACCAAGUUUGGACACCUAUGUCUUGUACAUUGGACAAUCCUCUGCCUUUUUUCCUUCCUGUGUCAAUUCUUCAGACGGAUCUGUACGGGACAUGUACUAGUAAGUAUGAGAGGAGAGGGCCUCUACUGGUGAAGACGAGGAACCUCAGGCAGUGUCAACAGGACAGACUGGCAUACUUCUGGUCCCAUUCCACCCGUCUGAGAGAGGACACAGUGAGCUCUUCUACCAUCCUCUCCCCCGUCAACAUGGAAUAGUCUAUUGUUACCAUAGUCACAACCAAUCAUUGAUGUCUUCCUCUUGCAUUGAUGUUGGUACAGGCAGUGCAUAAUGAAAUACAGAAGUGCUAGGGAAUGAUGCCAACUUUUGUAACUUAGAGAGCACCAUGGAAACCUUCUAGUGCAGGUUUGGUUCAUAAAGGAUCUGUUAGAUUGUCAGUAGGUUUCAGAUGGACCUAAAAAUUGGUAGCCUGAGUCCCAGAUCGUUUUGUGCUGUCUUACCAACUCCAUUGCUGUCAUGGCGUGACAGUGACAGCAAUCGAGUAGACAGCACAUACAGAUCUGGGACUCAGGCUAAACCAUUUUGCCAGAUAAGCAAAAUACCUUCCACCAGUUUCUUGUGUACCCUCUAGCCAGUUAACACUUCCACUUUUACGAAGGAGGGUUCCUAUCUCUUAUGUCCACUUCAGACAGUGGACUCCAAACUCCAGUGUACCCAGCGGCAUGGGACUACAGUGAUGGAGGAGGUCAACUGCACAGAGAUCAUCUCCAUGGUACCGUUGUCAGGGUCAACAGGAGUGGUGAAGACCCAGACCGUCUCUACCCUUACGCUGCUCAGAGCCCAGAAGGGCACACCCUCAGGAGUGGGUGAGUAUGCUUCUGAUACCCUCCUCAGGAGUGUCUGAGUAUGCUUCUGAUACCCUCCUCAGGAGUGGGUGAGUAUGCUUCUGAGACCCUCCUCAGGAGUGGGUGAGUAUAGGCUAUACUGUAGUGUACCUGAAUGACUGUGUCACUUUGUUACCCAUCUGACAUCAAUGUGUUCUAGUGUUUGUCUGUGUAAAAGCUAAUAAUGCCAAAAUAAACUAUUACUACUAUUACUACUACACUACUAUUAGCUAGGAAGCACUCAUAUUGCUGUUACUUUCAUCACACUACUAUGACUACUACUGCUAGGACCACUAUGGCUGUUGCAAACUUUAAAUACAUUCUCAAUCAUUCUUUGAGAAUGUAAUUAUCUCAGUCAUUCAAAUUGAGAGGCUGAAAGCUCAAACUUUUAUUCAAAUGAAUGUAACUUGGUCACUUAGGCCCCACUCUCUCAACAAUAUGAUAUUCAUUUGAAUGAUAUUCUCCUCCCUCAGAUACGUUGGGUCUAGGUGUCCUGACUGACCUCCAGUUUGUGGAGGAGGGGGCUGAAGGGAAAGCCAGAGGCAGGACGUCCUCCCCCCAGGAGGCCACGGACACCGUGAGGAAGCUGUGUGGUCUCACCUCUGACCAGCAACAGGUAGGACCCCUAAGACAUCAUAAGGGAGUCAUUCACGCUUAUGACAAGUCUUACAAUGCAUUAUAAUCAAUCAAUCAAUCAAUCACAUUUAUCAAUUUACAUCAGCAGAUGUCAGAAAGUGCUUAUACAGAAACCCAGCCUAAAACCCCAAACAGCAAGCAAUGCAGAUGUAGAAGCACGGUGGCUAGGAAAAACUUCCUGGAAAAGGCAGGAACUUAGGAAGAAACCUAGAGAGGUACCAGGCUCUGAGGGGUGGCCAGUCCUCUUCUGGCUGUGCCGGGUGGAGAUUCCAAGAGUACAUGGCCAUUAAGGCCAGAUCGUUCUUCAAGGUUCAAACAUUCAUAGAUUACCAGCAGGGUCAAACAAUAAUCACAGUGGUUGUAGAGGGUGCAACAGGUCAGCACCUCAGGAAUAAAUGUCAGUUGGCUUUUCAUAGCCGAGCGUUCAGAGGUCGAGACAGCAGGUGCGAUAGAGAGGGAGAGAGGGAGGGAGAGAGAGAGAGAGAGAGAGAGAGAGGGAGAGGGAGAGAGAGGGUCGGGGUUCCAUAGCCACAGGCAGAACAGUUGAAACUGGAGCAGCAGCACGACAAGGUAGCACGUCUGGUGAACAGGUCAGGGUUCCAUAGCCACAGGUAAAACAGCAGAAACUGGAUCAGCAGCACGACCAGGUCGACUGGGGACAGGGACAGCCAGGAGUUGUCAGGCCAGGUAGUCCUGAGGCAUGGUCCUAGGGCUCAGGUCCUCCGGGAGGGGAGAGAGAGAGAGAUGGGAGAAUUAGAGGGAGGACACUAGAUAAGACAAGAUAAUUUCACCAGAUAGGACAGACUGACCCUAGCCCCCCGGCACAUAGACUUUUGCAGCAUAGACACUGGAGGCUGAGACAGGGGGGGUCGGGGGACACUGUGGCCCUGUCCGACGAUAUUCUCGGACAGGGCCAACCAGGCAGGAUAUAACCCCAUCCACUUUGCCAAAGCACAGCCCCACACCACUAAAGGGAUAUCAACAGACCACUAACUUACUACCCUGAGAUAGCCCACGAAGAUCCACCACACAAGUCAGAGGGGGCGCAAAACCAGAUAGGAAGAUCACGUCAGUGACUCAACCCACUCAAGUCGCGUAUAGCGAAAAAAGCCUGGCACGACGUGACGCAUCCCUCCUAGGGACGGCAUGGAAGAGCACUAGUAAAGCAGUGACUCAGCCCCCGUAAUAGGGUCAGAGGUCAGAGAAUCCCAGUGGAGAAAGGGGAGCCGGCCAGGUAGAGACAGCAAGGGGGGUUCGUCACUCCAGUGCCUUGCUGUUCACCUUCGCACCCCUGGGCCAGACUACAAUCAAUCGUAGGACCUACUGAAGAGAUGAGUCUUCAGUAAAGACUUAAAGAUAGAGACCGAGUCUGCGUCUCUCACAUGGAUAGGCAGACCAUUCCAUAAAACUCGAGCUCUAUAGGAGAAAGCCCUGCCUCUAGCUGUUUGCUUAGAAAUUCUAGGGUCAAUAAGGAGGCCUGCGUCUUGUGACUGUAGCGUACGUGUAGGUACAGUAUCGGAGAGAUAGGUAGGAGCAAGUCCAUGUAAUGCUUUGUAGGUUAGCAGUAAAACCUUGAAAUCAGCCCUAGCCUUAACAGGAAGCCAGUGUAGAGAGACUAGCACUGGAGUAAUAUGAUCGAAUUGGUUCUAGUCAAGAUUCUAGCAGCCGUAUUUAGCAAUAACUGAAGUUUAUUUAGUGCUUUAUCCAGGUAGCUGCCCUUGAAAUAUUCUUGAUAUGUUCGUCAAAAGAGAGAUCAGGGUCCAGAGCAACGCAGAGGUCCUUCACAGUUUUAUUUGAGACGACAGUACAACCAUCAGAUUAAUUGUCAGAUCAAACAGCAGAUAUCUUUGUUUCUUGGGACCUAGAACUAACAUCUCUGUUUUGUCCCAGUUUCAAAGUAAAACAUUUUCCGCCAUCCACUUCCUUAUGUCUGAUGUCUGAAACACAGGCUUCCAGGGUAGGCACUUUUGGAGCUUCACCAUGUUUCAUUGAAAUGUACAGCUAGCUGUGUGUCGUCCGAAUAGCGGUGAAAGUUGACAUUGUUUCUGAAUGACAUCACCAAGAUUGAGAUUAUAUAGUGAAAACAAUAGUGGUCCUAAAACAGAACUUUGAGGAACACCGAAACGUACAAUUGAUUUGUCAGAGGACAAACCAUCCACAGAGACGAACUGAUAUAUUUCCGACAGAUAAGAUCUAAACCAGGCAAGAACUUGUCUGUGUAGACCAAUUAGGGUUAACCAAUCUCUCCAAAAGAAUGUGGUGAUCGGUGGUGUCAAAAGCGGCACUGAGGUCUAGGAGCAUGAGGACAGGUAAUUUACCACCUUCACGAAUGCAGUCUCAAUACUAUGAUGGGGUCUAAAACCAGACCGGAGCGUUCCGUCUAGAUUGUUUGUCUUCAGGAAGGCAGUGAGUUGCUGCGCUUUUAACCCCAAAAAAUUGAGUAACGGGAGAAUCGAUAUAGGCAAUCGUUUUUAAAAUUUUCCGGGUCAAGGUUAUGCUUUUUCAGCAGAGGCUUUCUUACUGCCACUUUUAGUGAGUUUGGUACACAUCCAUAGGAUAGGGAGCCGUUUAUUGUGUUCAACAUAGGAGGGCCAAGCACAUGAAGUAGCUCUUUCAGUAGUUAAGUCGGAAUUGUGGGCAGCUGGAAGGAUUAGAGGCCAUGACUAUUUUUGUGAAUGUGUCGAGAGAUACAGGAUUAAAAAACUUGAGUGUGGCCAUUGAUCCUAGGUCCUGACAGUUCUGUGCAUACUCAGGACAACUGAGUUUUGAGGAAAUACGCAGAUUCAAAGAGGAGUCUGUAGUUUGCUUUCUAAUGAUCAUGAUCUUUUCAUCAAAGAAGUUCAUGAAUUCAUCACUGCUGAAGUGAAGGCCAUCCUUACUUGGGGAAUGCUGCUUUUUAGUUAGCUUUGCAACAGUAUUAAACAUUUCUUUUUGUAUUCUCCUCAAUCAGGUUGGAAAAAUAGGCUGAUCGAGCAGCAGUGAGCUCUCUUUGCUAUUGCACAGUACUGUCUUUCCAAGCUAGUCGGAAGACUUCCAGUUUGGUGGAGCGCCAUUUACGUUCUAAUUUACGUAUUUUUUCUGUAUACCAGGGAGCUAAUUUCUUGUGACAAAUGUUUUUAGUUUUUAGAGGUGCGACUGCAUCUAGGGUAUUAUGCAAGGUGAAAUUUAGAUCCUCGGUUAGGUGGUUAACUGAUUUUUGUACUCCAACGACCUUAGGUAGGUGAAGGGAGUCUGUUAGGGCAUCUAGGAAUCUUUGGGCUGUCCGAGAAUUUAUAACGCUGCUUUUGAUAAUCCUUGGUUGGGGUUUGAGCAGAUUAUUUGUUGCGAUUUCAAACAUAAUAAGAUGGUGGUCCGAUAGUCCAGGAUUAUGAGGAAAAACAUUUAGAUCCACAAUAUUUAUUCCAUGGGACAAAAUUAGAUCCAGGGUAUGACUGUGGCAAUAUUUAGAUCCGGAGACAUGUUGGACAAAACAACAUCAUAAUGCAUUAUUAUACCAUUAUUUGUCUUCAUUGAGUAAAGAUGUAUAGGUUCCCCAGGAAGGAACCUAUGAGCGAUGGCUUCGUACAACGUUUCAAACCCUAACCCCUUCCCAAGGGCAGAGGUUUUUUCUUCAGUAAUGUGUUCCCUGCCAAACCAAAGUUGGCUUGUUUGUGUUUGUGUGCUGUGGUUCUCCCUGGGAGCUUUCCCUCUUUUUCCUCAGCUCUUACACAGGAGCUAAGUCAAACCCAAUCUGGCAAUCGUCAUGACGGGUUGUUUAAAUGGGGGGCCUUUAAAAAGGGGCCAACCUGGCAUCCUGUCAGUCCCUCUCUCUCUCUCUUUCAAAUUAUUAUUACUUUUUGGUUAUCAAAUGAUUGAUAAGAUCAAUGAGUCUGUUUCUGUUUUGAGUCUGUCUCUGUCCCGCUCUUAUGAAAUCAUAACCCUGGCUGCAGCUUUCUAAAGUUAGGCAUGUUAAUUGGAAGUUCAUUUUCGUAAGGUCAUUCAGUGUCAAAAUGUUGUAUUUUCUUGAGAUUUAGCACAAAGAAAGUUAAAUGUAGGAGGGAUUUUUGACAUUUAUGUAAAUAAUGCUCCUUAAAAAGUCAAUUCCUUCAUUUCAGGAAAAACAUUAUUAUUCAGGAAAAACAUUUCAUGGAAAUAAACUGUGUGUGUAUCGUCUUCCCUGUAUGUAGCUGUCGGAGCUGUUCCUGCUCUUGGCCUUUCAACUGAGAGCCCUGUCCCUGCCUCAGCUCAAGACACUGUGGCACGACGCCUCCUUCAAGUGCCGCAACGACUGGUCAGUUCCCUUCAGCCAAUGUUCUCUCCUAAAUGUAUCCUGGGUUGUGUUAAGUAGGGAACACUGUAACAAAAUACUUUGCCAUGGAAGAUUUACAUCUGUGUUCUUAUUGGACAGGAAGUUCAGGAAGUUCCACCCUUUUUCAUUCUGUUUCAAAACGUUUCCUCCCUACUGAAUACGACUCUAAAAUAUACUGACUGGGCUGACUCUGUCACGCCUUGUAUCAGCAUUUUAAUGCAAUAGAGGCAGUGGAACGCUUGUUAACGGUUUCCCUAAUGAGAAAAAUACACAGAGCUCUGGGGCAAGGUAUGGACAGAGAGCAGUCUGUCUGUGGGAUAGCAGCCAACUUUACAUCUAUAACUCCUCCCUGAAACAACUUACUAGUCAUCACUAGGCUGAUUAAAACUACAGGCAAAAUCAAAAUGGCGUCCUCUCUGCCAUAUUCUUCUCUGUAGCUGAGAUCAGGUUUUUGUUAAUUAGUCACAAAGCACUUCCAUUAUAACACACCCAAAGAAACUAGACAUCCUUUACAAUAAUUAAUAUGGUGUAUAUCAAUUAAAUGAUGCUUUUGAUUAAUAAUGAUUUAUAAUGCUUUUAUACAUUGGUUUUAUAAGAACCUUUCUGAAGUGAGAAUAUGUGACUGAAUCGGUGAUGUCCAUUCCCAGCAGUUAAUUACUCUGUUGACUAUGCUAUUGUUGCAGGCAGCCUCUCUUGGACGGCCUACCAGCGUGUGGCUCAGAGGAAUGCAUCGUCCUCUUAACGGACCUCAUCCGGGAUGAGGAGAUAGAGCAGGAGAGGGCCCACUCUUUUCUCACCACCAUCGCCCUCAUCCCUCACCCCUCGCCACACAUCAUCGGCUCCGUCAAUGUACGUACUGUAGGUCUGAUGGAAAGUUCUAUGGGGAUAUUGACUUUGGGUUGAACAUAAACAGAGGUUUAGAUACAGUAUACUGUACCUAUUUUAUUAGACAUCUCAAUUGAAUUAUGUGGCUGAGAAUGAUGCAUAUAGGUCUACAUAUGAUUCAAAAUCGUUGCAGGAAACUCAACCGAUACAUUUACUUCUCGACACUGUUGAGGUCACAUCCAACAACGCAUGCUUUGGCGUCACCCAUCAAACACAUAAUCAGAGAUAAACAUAGGAAUACAAUGGGUCCAUAGUAUAAAACCCUUGUUCUUUCCCUCCUUUUCUCUCAGGCAUUGCUGAAGACACCUGAGGUGCGGACCAAGGCCCUGUUGACUGGUUCUUCCCUGGUCCACCUGCUAUGUCAGAGGAGAGAGUCUCCCUGCAGUCUCAUCCCCCAGGUCCAGAGCUUCAUACAGGCCCUGAAAGACACCCUGGGAGAGGGCUGUGGAGGGGAGAAACCAGAGGUACCCAGACACAAUUAGAUCUAACUCUAUGUACACAGAUUAUAAUGGUGUGCUGGUAUUGGAGUUUUGUCACCAUCUGAUGAUUGUGCUGUAUUUAAAAUGUGAUAUUACAUUGUGUAUUCCGUGGUUCAUACUUGUCCUGACUCCUGAACCUGAGCAUCUCAAUGGCUGCUGCUGCUGAUGAUUAAGAUAGCAGCAACAAGAAUGAUGAUAAUGAUGUAAAGUGAUGAUUCCUCCUACAGCUGCUCUAUGCAUUGAAAGCAGUGGGAAAUGCAGGCUUGGCUGCUUCAGCUCUCAUCCCUCAGCUAAACCUCUGUAUGCAGAGCCACUCCACUCCUCUGGAGCUGAGACUCACUGCCAUACAAGCUUUCAGACGCAUCCCCUGCAAUGCUGACGUGAGUAGGAUGGCAGAUAAUUAUCAAGUUUCUAGGCAUAACCUCUUGGAAUGAUCUGAACCUUAGAACAAAUAACUGUUUUGCUCAGUUCAAAGUUUCGAAUUAGGAAACUUUUUUUUCUGGAGCCUGGUUUGUGGUUAAUUGGAAUAAGCAGAGAAACCGUCUCUCACGGAAUAAAGCCUUGAUUGAUUUAAUCAUUUCAAGCAGCGGAAGUCCCACGGAAGGGAUACGAUAUGAUACAAGACAAUACUUUAUUGUCCAAAGGGAUGUUACAGUUCAAACAUGAUUUGACUUUAAUACAUUUGACUUGAGUAUCCUGUUGAACUAAAACAAUUCAGUCGGCAUACUAUUCAUACCACAGGAGGUUGGAGGCACCUUAAUUGGGGAGGAUGGGCUCGUGGUAAUGGCUGGAGUGGAGUAAGUGGAAUGGUAUCAAAUACAUGAGACAUGUUUUCUGUGUGUUUGAUGCCAUUCCAUUCGCUCCAUUCCGCCCAUUAUUAUGAGCCAUCCUCCCCUCAGCAGCCUCCUGUGGUUCAUACUGUAAACAGAAGGAUCUCUUCACAUGGUAAUGGAGUCACGCUGAUGUUGUGGGGAUGUUGAGGUGACGUUGGGGCAAGGGGUCUGUGACUGACAGCUCUUUGCUUCUCCAGAGGGGGUCUGUGCUGCAACUCUACCGCGACCCCCAGGAGGAGGUGGAGGUCAGGAUCGCUGCAUACCAGCAGAUCAUGCACUGCCCCGACCCUGAAGUGCUUCGAGCAGUGAAGGCGACUCUGAGCCACGAGACUUCCAGCCAAGGUUUGAGUCUGUCAGCUUGUCCCAAUUUGCUCCGAACAAUCGUAGAAAAAAAGGGUCACCUUUAAAAAAAAAAAAAGCUUUAUAAUAAAGCACUGCAUGCAUUAUCAUCGCUUUUGCGUACUAGCAUAGAGCAGUAGUGUAGAGGCGCUUGCAGAAGUUGCACACAUGGGGAACAUUUUUUGUAGCCUAGGUUCCGGGAAAAUUGUUGCCUUUUAUAAACGCAUUUCAUGCUAUUCAUUUCAUGCAACGUCCCCUGGUAUCAGAGCUCUUGCAGCAUGAACUGACAUGUUGUCCACACAAUCAAAGGAUCAGAUAAUUAAUCUAGUACUGAAAGUAUAAGCUACAGCUAGCUAGCACUGCAGUGCAUAAAAUGUGUUGAGUAGUUGACUCAGAGACAGAAAGAAAAUAGUUGAACAGUUUUGAACAAAUUAAUUUAUUCAGAAAUGAAGGUGAAGAGAGGGAGAGCUAGCUAUAUAUAUAUAUAUAUAUAUAUAUAUAUAUAUAUAUAUAUAUAUAUAUAUAUAUAUAUAUAUAUAUAUUACUUUCACUUUCACUUCCCUUACAAAAAAAGAUUGCAGUUUUGAAACUGCAUUAAAAGUGCAGUAACUGCAGUCAACUGUGAUAUUUUGGACAGUUACACUGCAAAAUUACUGCAGUAAAAAAAGCUGUGUUAUUUUGGACGCAGUAUUUGCAGCAUACUGAAGCAGUUAUACUGCAUUCUGACUGCAAUCUUUUUUCAUAAGUGUUAAGUAGCUAGCGAAUGCAGCUAGCUAGUUUUGUCAGACCAUGAGACAUCCCGAAAAUCGGUCUUCACUCAAAAUUGUAAGUAGCGUCCGAACGGUUUGGCCAACAAAACUACUCUAAGUAAAGAUGAGACUCUCACAAACACAAUGGUGUUCUCCGUUUUGCUCUACGACCCCCACAAGCAUAUUGGGACUCGUCUGAAGUCAGUACAGCCGAUUUGCCAACUUCUGUCUGUAGCGUCCGAACAGGCCUCACAAGACUCGUCUGAACGUACCCUAGUACCAGUUGAAAAAAUGAAUGGAAGUAUACAUUGACAAUGUUUAGUGCCAAAAAUAAGGGGUUAAAUACAUGUUUAAAAAAAAAACGAUUCUCUCAGAUAUAGGACAGACACUUCAGAACAAACUUCGUAUUUAUUAAAAAAAUAUAUUGGGGGGGGCUGUCUGUUGUCCAUGUAGUGAAUCUGUUAUUCAAUUCGUUUGUAUGGGCUAAUAGCACUAGCUAACAUGCUGACCACAAGUCUACGCUCCAGUCCAGUUGUAAUGCACCAUAAAGUCCAAAGAAGAAGAAGCCUGACGGAGGAGAGAUUACUAGAAAACAAAUGUUUUACCGUUUUAUCUGUGGAUUAAUUGUCGGAGUAGAGGACCUUGUGCAUUUCAGGUAAAAUAACAACCCAAUGUUUAUAUCCCAGGACAAAUUAGCUAACAACAGCAAACUAGCUAGCUAAAUUGCCAUAAAUGUUUAAUGCUUUUCGACCUGUCCCGAAAUUAAUAUAAUUGGUUCAGAGUUUGUUUUGAUAUUUCAACCUGCGUGUCCUGAUCGCGUCUGGUGUGGGGGGACAAAAUCAAUUUGAUGGCGUGAUGGCGCACGCGGUCAGGGUAGCAUGUAAGGCCAAAUAACAUUUUUCAUCAAAUAAUUAUUUUAUAUAUUUUUUUGAUACUUCAAGGGGUCUUAAAAUUCAAAAUCAAAUAACAAAAUGAUCCUUGGUAUGACCUUCUAAAAACAAUUCCAUAUAGCUUAGUAGAACCCCCUGGUGUAGUAUUCGGAAUUAUUUCAUUUAUUUAUGAACAGACAUGAGUAAUUCUAUAACUUUGGCAAAUGUAUUUAAAUGUAUCAUGGGUGGGGCGGCACCUCCAGCACCCUUCCCACUGCUAUGAUUCUAUACGGAAAUAAAUGAUGAAGUGCAACGCUCAUGUCUAUCAGCGCAGAGAGAGAGAGGGAGAGCGAUCAUAGAAAGUGAAUCUCAUUCUAGUUAUGUGAGAGAUACAGGCGCGCUUUUCUCUCUCUCCAGAGUAAUGGCCACUCGUUGGUCUAUAUGUGCUACAAUGUUGAGCACACCAUAAACCCUGGCCGGCUCAACACAAAUCAAUUCUUAUAAUAUCAGGCAAGUUUUCACAUUUCGUUUUUUAGGGAGCAGCCAGGAGAGGAGUCAACUUGAAUUAACUCUGAUUGCUUUUAUUAGAAUUUUUACAUUGCAAACAGUGAAAAUAUUUGUUAAUGCCAUAAGAGGUACCGGAUCCUGGCAAAUGGGUUCCGGAACUAAACAGUCCAAAACUGAGAGGUGCCAGAUCCUGUUCUGUCAGGAUGCUGCUCAAAUUAAGAACUGGAUAGCAAUUUUUUUCUAAAAGUGUGCCCUUCUCCCUUGGCCCUUCAGUUUUUGCAGAUCUGUAAGGUGGAAGAAAUAUGGUAAAAGCUCAACCUCUACACCGCUUAUAACUAUCCAGACCCUUCAGAUCUACAAAUAUUGGUUUAGGGCCAAAGAGCAGGGACAGGGAGUGAAUUGGGACCAGCCAUACAGGUUGACUACUCUGAGAGAUUCCAAAUGACAUCCUAAUAGUAAGAUGUUACUAUACUGAGUGAUAUAUUGAUGAUCCCUCUGAAUUUCAUUCUCAGUGGGCUCUUUUGUGUGGAGUCACCUGACCCAGGUCCUGAGAACUGAGGACCCUACGAAGCAGGCCCUGAUGGAGGCACUGCCUGAUGACAUCAUCACCAAAGACUUUGAGGCUGAACCCUGGAAAUACUCCUCUUAUUCAGACUACACGGCAGACUCAGGUAAUUUACAUUAAGUUCCUCUUAUUCAGACUACACGGCAGACUCAGGUAAUUUACAUUAAGUUCCUCUUAUUCAGACUACACUGCAGACUCAGGUAAUUUACAUUAAAUUCCUCUUAUACAGUGCCUUCAGAAAGUAUUCACACCCUUGACUUUUUCCACAUUUUGUUGUGUUAUAGCCUGAAUUUAAUAUUGAUUAAAUUGAGAUUUUGUGUCACUGGCCUACACACAAUAUCCCAUAAUGUCAAAGUGGAAUUAUGUUUUUAGAAAUAUUUACAAAUUAAUAAAAAAUGUAAAGCUUUGUUAUGGCAAGCCUAAAUACGUUCAGGAGUAAAAUCAAUCUUAACAAGUCACAUAAUAAGUUGCAUGGACUCGCUGUGUGCAAUAAUAGUGUUUAACAUGAUUUUUGAAUGACUACCUCAUCUCUGUACUCCACACAUACAAUUAUCUGUAAGGUCCCUUAGUUGAGCAGCGAAUUUCAGAUUCAACCACAAUGACCAGGGAGGUUUUCCAAUGCAAAGAAGGGCACCUAUUGGUAGCAGGCAUUGAAUAUCCCUUAGACCAUAGUGAAUUAUUAAUUACACUUUAGAUGGUGUAUCAAUACACCCAGUCACUACAAAGAUACAGGCGUCCUUCCUAACUCAGUUGUCGGAGAAGAAGGAAACUGCUCAGGGAUUUCACCAUGAGGCCAAUGGUGACUUUAAUAACAGUUACAGAGAUUAAUGGCUGUGAUAGGAGAACAUGGAAGAUGGAUCAACAACAUUGUAGUUGCUCCACAAUAUUAACCUAAAUGACAGAGUGAAAAGAAGGAAGCCUGUACAGAACAAUAAUAUUCCAAAACAUGCAUCCUGUUUGCAAGAAGGCACUAAAGUAAAACUGCAAAAAAUAUGGCAAACAAAUUAACUGUAUGUCCUGAAUCCAAAGCGUUAUGUUUGGGGCAAAUACAAUACAACACUUCACUGAGAACCAAUCUUCAUAUUUUCAAGCAUGGUGGUGGCUGUAUCAUGUUAUGGGUAUGCUUGUCAUGGGCAAGGACUAGGUCGUUUUUUAGGAUAAAAAUAAAUGGAAUACAGCUAUAAGCACAGGCAAAAUCCUAGAGGAAAACCUGGUUCAGUCUGCUUUCCAACAGACACUGGGAGACAAAUUCACUUUUCAGCAGGACAAUAACCUAAGACACAAGGCCAAAUAUACACUGGAGUUGCUUACCAAGAUGACAUUGAAUGUUCCUGAGUGGCCUAGUUACAGUUUUGACUUAAAUUGACUUGCAAAUCUAUGGCAAGACAUGAAAAUGGCUGUCUAGCAAUGCUCAACAACCAACUUGACAGAGCUUGAAUAAUUUUUUAAAGAAUAAUGUGAAAAUGCUGUAUAAUCCAGGUGUGCAAAGCUCUUAGAGACUUACCCAGAAAGACUCACAGCUGUAAUCGCUGCCAAAGGUAAUUCUAACAUGUAUUGACUCAGGGGUGUGAAUACUUAUACAAAUUAGAUAUUUCUGUAUUUCAUUUUCAAUACAUUUGCAAAAAUGUCUAAAAACAUGAUCUCACUUUGUCAUUAUGGGGUAUUGUGUGUAGAUGGGUGAGAAAAAAAAAUAUGUCAUCCAUUUUGAAUUCAGGCUGUAACACAACAAAAUGUGGAUUAAGUCAAGAGGUAUGAAUACUUUCUGAAGGCACUGUAUCUGUGUAGUAACAUUAACAACAUUGGAUGAAUAUGCUAAUAUGUUAAUAUGUUGAUACAUAUGUUAUAAUGUAUGGCAAGUUACCUGUGAUAGGGUAGCUUUGUCUUUUUAGGAAAACCUUCUUCAAUUACUUGUUGUAGUGAUAAUUGUUUCAGAAGUGAUUACAUUUUGCACUUGGUUGUCCUUUGAAGAGCAGAAGAAUACAGUAUGUGUUUUUUGUGUGUCUCAGGAUUUGGAGUUGCGAAUAUGGAGGGAGUCUUGGUUUUCUCUUCCAAGUCCUUUGUGCCGCGCUCUGCCAUGGCUAACCUGACUGUCUAUAUCCACGGAAGAGCUUUCAAUCUGCUUGAGGUGAGUAGUUAGAUCAUCGUUUAUUGGUUUCAUUCUGUGAGCAACUGAAUGUGUUUUUGAGAGCAUUUUCUGCUUUUCCUCAAUGCUCUGAAGCAUUGAAUUACCGAGAGAGGGACGUAAAACAACAUAUCUGAGGAACAGAUACUGUAUGUGAUUCAAAUUAAACAGAAAACUGGAAAUCUAAUUGGCUGCUCUCCUCCACAGGUCAAUCUACGUGUGGAAAACAUUGAACCUCUUCUGAAACGCAUUUUUGGCUACCAAUCAACUUCUCCUGAUGAGGAGCCUACAACUCAGGAUGGAGAGGAGGAUGGAAAGGAGUCUCAGAUGAUGGAGAGAAGAAGAAGAAAAGCAGGGGAAGGAAAUAAAGGACAGAUGAAGGAGAGGAGAAGGAGAAAAGCUGGGGAAAGAGACAGCUCUGAAAGCCAGAGUGGAAAGGAGGGUUGUUCACCUAGCAUCUACAGUUACCUCAACCAGGCCAGGACUAUGGUGAGACUUUCACAGCAAUAUUUUACCAUUGCUACAUUCAUUAGCCUAUCUAAGCCUAGCUAGCCUAUGUGCCAAUUCUAUUUUUGCAUGUUUGAGUUAUACUUUAGAGAAUUACAUUAGGAGAUAGCCAACAUCUGAUGGUUUCAUAGUUUAGCCUAAAUAAUGGGUCACUUCACUCCGAUUGUAGAUGUAAAUAUAUUUUCAAUGAUCAUGGAUGAUGAUUGAUGUUUUUAUUGUAGUUCUCAGGAGGGAGACUGGAGGAGGCCAGACCACGUUGUUGGCUUGGUGUCAAAGUGUUUGGGAACGAGUUGAGCGUGGUGACCUGUGAUGACCUCUACUCUCAGAUAAAGGAGCUGUCACUCAGCAUGGCUGGGGUUGCUGUCAGACUGCUGAAGGUAUGUGACUGUGACCUCUGACCUCUGAGAUAGUGGUGCUGUGUGACUCAUACAGGAUAUGACUGCAUAUGAUCAUCUCAGAGGAAUGUAGUUUGAUGAAAUCCUGUGUAAUAUCUUUCAAGUAUGUUACCUUUAAGCAAUGCUCAUACACAUUAGUUUAAUGUUUUGCUCAUCUUAGCAUAAUAUUGUAUCAAGAAAGAAUGUAUGGGCUAAUGUGGGUCUCUCUCUCUCUCUCUCUCUCUCUCUCUCUCUCUCUCUCUCUCUCUCUCUCUCUCAAUUCAAUUCAAUUUCAAUUUAAGGGCUUUAUUGGCAUGGGAAACGUGUGUUAACAUUGCCAAAGCAAGUGAAGUAGAUAGUAAACAAAAGUGAAAUAAACAAUAAAUAUUAACAGUAAACAUUACACUCAGAAGUUUCAAAAGAAUAAAGACAUUUCAAAUGUCAUAUUAUGUAUAUAUACAGUGUUGUAACAAUGUGCAAAUAGUUAAAGUACAAAUGGGAAAAUAAAUAAACAUAAAUAUGGGUUGUAUUUACAAUGGUGUUUGUUCUUCACUGGUUGCCAUUUUCUUGUGGCAACAGGUCACAAAUCUUGCAGCUGUGAUGGCACACUGUGGUUUUUCACCCAGUAGAUAAGGGAGUUUAUCAAAAUUGGGUUUGUUUUCGAAUUCUUUGUGGAUCGCUGUAAUCUGAGGGAAAUAUGUGUCUCUAAUAUGGUCAUACAUUUGGCAGGAGGUUAGGAAGUGCAGCUCAGUUUCCACCUCAUUUUGUGGGCAGUGUGCACAUAGCCUGUCUUCUCUUGAGAGCCAGGUCUGCCUACGGCGGCCUUUCUCAAUAGCAAGGCUAUGCUCACUGAGUCUGUACAUAGUCAAAGCUUUCCUUAAGUUUGGGUCAGUCACAGUGGUCAAGUAUUCUGUCACUGUGUACUCUCUGUUUAGGGCCAAAUAGCAUUCUAGUUUGCUCUGUUUUUUUGUUUGUUCUUUCCAAUGUGUCAAGUAAUUCUCUUUUUGUUUUCUCAUGAUUUGGUUGGGUCUAGUUGUGUUGUUGUUGUUGUUGUCCUGGGGCUGUGUGGGGUCUGUUUGUGUUUGUGAACAGAGCCCCAGGACAAGCUUACUUAGGGGACUCUUCUCCAAGUUCAUCUCUCUGUAGGUGAUGGCUUUGUUAUGGAAGGUUUGGGAAUCGCUUCCUUUUAAGUGGUUAUAGAAUUUAACGGCUCUUUUCUGGAUUUUGAUAAUUAGCGGGUAUUGGCCUAAUUCUGCUCUGCAUGCAUUAUUUGGUGUUUUACGUUGUACACGGAGGAUGUUUUUGCAGAAUUCUGCAUGCAGAGUCUCAAUUUGGUGUUUGUCCCAUUUUGUGAAUUCUUGGUUGGUGAGCGGACCCCAGACCUCAGAACCAUAAAGGGCAAUGGGUUCUAUAACUGAUUCAAGUAUUUUUAGCCAGAUCCUAAUUGGUAUGUCAAAUUUUAUGUUCCUUUUGAUGGCAUAGAAGGCCCUUCUUGCCUUGUCUCUCAGAUCGUUCACAGCUUUGUGGAAGUUACCUGUGGCGCUGAUGUUUAGGCCGAGGUAUGUAUAGUUUUUUGUGUGCUCUAGGGCAACGGUGUCUAGAUGGAAUUUGUAUUUGUGGUCCUGGCAACUGGACCUUUUUUGGAACACCAUUAUUUUUGUCUUACUGAGAUUUACUGUCAGGGCCCAGGUCUGACAGAAUCUGUGCAGAAGAUCUAGGUGCUGCUGUAGGCCCUCCUUGGUUGGUGACAGAAGCACCAGAUCGUCAGCAAACAGAAGACAUUUGACUUCAGAUUCUAGUAGGGUGAGGCCGGGUGCUGCAGACUGUUCUAGUGCCCUCGCCAAUUCGUUGAUAUAUAUGUUGAAGAGGGUGGGGCUUAAACUGCAUCCCUGUCUCACCCCACGGCCCUGUGGAAAGAAAUGUGUGUGUUUUUUGCCAAUUUUAACCGCACACUUGUUGUUUGUGUACAUGGAUUUUAUAAUGUCGUAUGUUUUUCCCCCAACCCCACUUUCCAUCAAUUUGUAUAGCAGACCCUCAUGCCAAAUUGAGUCAAAAGCUUUUUUGAAAUCAACAAAGCAUGAGAAGACUUUGCCUUUGUUUUGGUUUGUUUGUUUGUCAAUUAGGGUGUGCAGGGUGAAUACGUGGUCUGUCGUACGGUAAUUUGGUAAAAAGCCAAUUUGACAUUUGCUCAGUACAUUGUUUUCACUGAGGAAAUGAAGGUCAUGUCAACAUGACCUCCCUUUUCAUUUUUUUCAUUUUCUCUCUCUCUCUCUCUCUCUCUCUCUCGCUCUCUCACUCUCUCUCCACCUCCUCCACCUCCACCUCCACCUCCACCUCCAUCAGGGUCAGGAGGUGCAGCUCCACCACAGGGCAGUGUUGAUGACAGAGAAGUUGGUCCUGCCCUCUCUGUCAGGCUUACCCAUUAGACUGGGCAUCAACAUGACCUCCCUCCUCUCCCUGCGCCUCAAGGGCAGUGCCAACUACAGAGACUGGUCACACUUUUCCCUGGCAGGUCACAUCAAGCCCAGGUAAGUCGGCAUCCAUUUUGGAUCUGACGGCCUCUUCAUUUUCUUAUCCAUGGUUAGUGUUUCACCUAUCAGCGGCCACCACUUAGUGGCAUACUAAGUAUUUGAAAUAAUACUGUAAUUUUUGUUAAGAUCGCUGUACUUUUGCACACUGUGGGAAUGUCCCAUGUUUCUUUCCCAUAUAAUAAAACAAAAGAAAGUGUUAUAUCUCUAUGGUCUUUUUCUCUCCCACAGUGCCUAUGUGGGCCUGUCAGCCCGGAUGGGGGUGGAUGGGGGUCUGGGUCGGGCUGGGGUGGAGUGGGCCACAGAGCUCAGGACCUCCAGCAGUCUGGAUGGGAGUGUGCAUCUUCAGGAGGGCCAUGACCUGAGAGUGGCCCUCAACACACCUGAAGAACUCAUGGAUAUAGUCUCUCUCAGGUGAGAGCUGUCAUUAGUGUUCUUGCUGAAAGAACACUACUGUUAUUUCACAUUUUCAUUUAACCUUUUCUAGUUGUAUUAGUUGGUUAACUAACUAUGUUGGGGCCAAAAGCACAUUUAAUUCAGCCAAUUGAAAUUCCAAUUCAAUGAUUGAUUGAUUUAUUUUCAAUGUCUCCCUGCUUGCCACAGCUCCAGAAUGUACCAUGUAAACGGAGACCACCGAGAGGAGAUGAGAGGCUCCAAGAGUCGUGUGGAGAGGACCACCUGCACUCCAAAGACCUGUGAGUUCAUCCCAGCAAAGUUAAAGGGCUGUAUCUAAGGUCAAGCCUGGAAAGGUCCAAGUCCUUACUGGAAAUAGUUGUGUGUAAUUGUUAGGCAAUUUGUGCGAAGAUUCUAGUGUCAUGCUGUAUGUAGAUGUAAAGUAAGUUCCUUUCUGAUUAAAUAACUAAAUUAUAUUAGUUGAUCUGAGACCAGUAUUUAUGUCACGCCCUGGCUCUGGGGACACUUGUAUGUUGAGCCAGGGUGUGCAUUUCAGUUGUUUAUUUAGUAUGUGUAUUUCUAUGUUGGCCUGAGUGGCUCCCAAUCAGAGGCAACGAGUGUCAGCUGUCGUUGGUUGUCUCUGAUUGGGAGCCAUAUUUAAACUGUCUGUUUCCCAUGUGUGUUUGUGGGAUCUUGUUUCAAGUCUGGUUAUGUUAGACCGUGAACUGUCACGCAUCGUUUGUUGUUUUGAUCGUGUCUCUAAUUAAAGAAUAUGUUCGCAUUCAACGCUGCGCCUUGGUCCGCUUCAUCAUGUGUCAACGAUCGUGACAGAAGAUCCCACCUCGACUGGAUCAAGCAGCGUGACGAGGAGAGAGGAUGGACUUGGGAGGAGAUGAGUGCGAGUCUGGCAAGAGGGAUGGAGGCCUUGGCCACGGGUAGGAGUGAAGCCCAUAAAUUUUUUAGGGGGGGGCUAACGCCGUGGACGACGGGGCAGCAGGAGGCCGCCAGGUUACGGGAGUCACUGGUCACCAGGGGGAAGGAGGAUGUAGAGGCACGGCGAGAGGUACUGGCGUGUGUUGCCAGUCCGGUCCGGCCUGUUCCUGAUCCCCACGUAGGGCCAGUGGUGUGUGUUCCCAGUACGGUCCGGCCUGUUCCUGCCACUCGCACCAAGUCAGUGGUGCGCUUCGUCAGCCCGGCACGGCCCGUUCCUGCUCCCCGCACCAAGUCAGUGGUGCGCGUCGUCAGCCCGGCGCGGCCCGUUCCUGCUCCCCUUACCAAGUCAGUGGUGCGCGUCGUCAGCCCGGUCCGGCCCAUUCCUGCUCCCCGCACCAAGUCAGUGGUGCGUUUCGUCAGCCCAGCUCGGCCCGUUCCUGCUCCCCGCACCAAGUCAGUGGUGCGCUUCGUCAGCCCGGCACGGCCCGUUCCUGCUCCCCGCACCAAGUCAGUGGUGCGCUUCGUCAGCCCGGUCCGGCCCGCUCCUGCUCCCCGCACCAAGUCAGUGGUGCGUUUCGUCAGCCCGGCGCGGCCCGCUCCUGCUCCCCACGCCAAGCCAGUGGUGUGCGUCGUCAGUCCGGCACGGCCCGUGCCUGUUCCACCGGUGGCUGGUCCGGCACCGGUCAGAUGUUAUGUUAGACCGUGAACUGUCACGCAUCGUUUGUUGUUUUGAUCGUGUCUCUAAUUAAAGAAUAUGUUCGCAUUCAACGCUGCGCCUUGGUCCGCUUCAUCAUGUGUCAACGAUCGUGACAAUUUAUCUCCAAAGCUAGCCUAGAUUAUAUCUAAAAGCUGUCCAGUAUUUUGUAUAUUGAAGUAAGAGGAUGAGCAGCCAUUUCGUAUUUCUCUCCCAGGGUCUAAGAUGGUGGGGUGGCAGCUGUGCUCCAAUGUCUCCUACCCUUUAUCCUCCACGGGGCUUACCUUCCCCCCUCCCGGCCCUGUGCACCUGUCCCUCAGGCUGCUGAAGCUAGACAGAGGCCUUCACCAGUACCUGCUAGAGGCAGCAUACUCUCUAUUGACACAGGUACUGUCAAUCCAACCUAUUUCCUGCUGAGUGUCCUGCUAAUUGCUUUGUCACAAGAGGUUAUCUAAUAACACUUUUGUUAACCUUUGGCACUGGUGCCAUGAAAAUUACACAGACCUGUGUUCAAAUAGAAUUUGAGAUUUCAAUCUGUUAUUGAUUGAGCUUGCCUGGCACAAUGGAACAAAUGGAGUAGUCCCAAAAGUAGAAACCCUGCCUAUCUGGCAUACUCAAAUGCAAAACAUUAUUUGAACUGCAAUUACUACCCAUUAUUCUAACACAUUAUUACAACACAUUAUUACAACACAUUAUUACUACACAUUAUUACUACACAUUAUUACAACACAUUAUUACUACACAUAGCAUCUGUAACCGAAUGGCAAUUAAUAUAAGUGAUGAAUGAUCAUGUUGUUCCUCUAUGUUUCAGAGUGGCUCCUGGCUCCCCAGAGAGGCCUCCCUCCACCUCCUCCUGGCCACCCCCCAGUCCUCCAUCCCCAGGGACAUGUCUCUGGACCUGGCCCUCAGCCCCCACAGGCUGCUCCUCAAGAUGACCCACCCACUUAAGACCAUCACCAUCCAGGGUAGAGAACUAGAUUCAGCGUAUUUAAACUGACUUGACUUGCUGCUAUUUCGUCCUCUUCCAAGGUCGACCAUAGGGAACUAGAUCAGACCUGGGUUCAAGUAGUAUUUGAAAUAUUUCAAAUACUUCAGCUGUGCUUGUUUGGCACAGUCGAACCCAUGGAAUGGUCCCAAAAGUGCAAACUCUGCCCAUCUAUAAUAUAAUAAUAUAAUAUGCCAUUUAGCAGACGCUUUUAUCCAAAGCGACUUACAGUCAUGCGUGCAUACAUUUUUGUUUAUGGGUGGUCCCGGGGAUCGAACUCACUACCUUGGCGUUACAAGCGCCGUGCUCUACCAGCUGAGCGACCAGCAUCUGGUAGGCUCAAGCAAACUAUUAAAGUAUGCAAAACAUUUCCAAUUCUAUUUGAACCCAGUUCUGAACUUGAUACAAUGAUAUUAAACUGACUUGACUUGCUAUUGCAAAACUUGACACCAAUGGUGUUGUUUUGUCAGGGCAACUUGACCAAGUGAGGAACAUAUGGACCGGUAAACUUGAGCUUCUGAUAGACAACGUUCAUCAGUAUUACAUCAUGGUAAGGAGGAGGUUUGGAGAUUUUGUUGUCUUGUGGAGCGUCCUGAAUCAACCAUUUAAAUUUGUUCAAGUUUUAAUUUAACGUGCACAAGUACAGUGAAAUGCCUUUCUUGCAAGCUCUAAACCCAACAAGUUAUCAAUAUCAAUGUAAACAAUGCAGUUAUCACUAUCAAUGUUUUAUCCGUGAAGUCUUGAACAUAAUUUCCCAUGGUGCAUUUGCUUUCCACAGGGACUGAUUGACUCCCAGACCCUCCUCUCAGAGCAGAGGCUGCGUUAUCAUCUAGAGGCCAAAGUGGGUGCGGAAAGCCGUCCCAUGAUCCUCUCUGCUAACGUCACCCGCGGGCUGGGCAGAAAGACCAGCCUGUCUGCCACUCUGAAGAAUGUGUUCAGAGAAGCUGCCUCCUUCUCAGGUUAUAGAUGAUUGAAUACUUGAUCCAAUAACUAACUAUACAUUGCAGUGCUCCAAUACUGUCUAUUGAGUGUUUUAUAAGCUUGUUACUGUAAAGGCAUAGUAAUGCCAUCAUUAUGGGUUGGUUAUCCACAGUGGUUUUGGAGAGGAGGCUGGAUGAUGGGCGGAGACAGUACUCAGUGGAGGCGGAGCUCCUACUGCCUGGAGUGGUGGGCAGCAGGAUUCUAGGGCUUAUGGAGCAGAAGGGCCCACUGUGGAGCUCUGCACUGAGGCUCAAAUAUGGCCUGCGAGGUGAGUGACACUGCCAUGCAGCCUCUCUAAGGCACACGGUGGAGCUCCGCUCUGAAGCCACUAUCUGUCACUUUGGGGUGUGCUGAACUUUGACCUUCCACAGAGGAUGCCCGCCACCUGCGUCAGGAGUGCCACACGUCCCAGAGCCUGAGGAGUGAGAGGGAGCCCAACCAGACGUACCGCAUGAGGGCUGAACACGAGUUCUACUGCUCUACCACAGCCCCCAUUAACCACAAGGUAACCAUUGGUAACCACAAGGACAUGUUUAAUAUCAUACCAUGUUUACGGUUUGUUUGAAUUGUCACCACAUAGGCCUACAGUACCUGGUUGGGCAGGACUCAAUGUUUAGGCUCUUUCAUUCACUAUCUGUUGUUAUUGGCAUUGCAAACAUCAUGCUCCGACCAAGCCAUUGGAGCCAAUUGCAAGUGUAUCUCCAUGCUCCAUGUACUCACUAGUUACUGAAGUUGUCAAAGGUUAGGAAUAGAAUAGAAUCAUUUCCUCUCACCACUCAUCCUAUCCCUCUCCAUUCUUCCAGGUCCAGCUGAGACACGAAGAGAGCCCCAGCCACACCAAGUCCAGUGUGGAUGUGAGCUAUGGGAAACACUGGGAUGAGAUCAACAACAAGCACCGCCUCCUCCUCAGCCAGUCCUUCAGGAACCAGUCCAGACACAACCUCACCAGCUAUGCCUUGGAGGUACACACCACAGCUUUAUCUCUGUUGAUCUACUAUCUAGUACGUAUAUUUCUAUGACUGUGGUAUAUCAUCUUGUGACAUGGAAAAUCAUCAGGUUUACCAUAAUGAAUACAGCAAGUAACAUACUGCAUUGUUUGCGCCCUGGAGAUAGCACAGCUUCUGUUAUCUCUAUUUCUAUCUCUAUCGUAUCUAUUAUCUCUAUUUCUUUACCUCCAAUAUUAAUCAUCAAGGGACAAUUUAACGCAAUUAAUGACAAUUGAGGGUUUCUGUCAACUAGAGUAGUCGAGUGAUAAGUGCCUCAUGUUUUUGGUGUGUAGUCUGUACAUUGAGAUUAUGAGCGGUUUAUCCUUGGGCAUGGGCAGGUCUCUUAUGUACAUUCAGCAAUAACAAAAACAAAACAAAAAUCGAAUUCACCACUAUACAAUACGCCACCCAACCUUUCCUCCAGUUCAGCCUGCAGGUCCCAGACAAGCGGCUGAACUACAAGACCCAGCUCAUGCACUCUCACCUGAGGCAGAGGGGGGCCGAGAGCAGCACUCACCUCAAAGUGAACUACAACGACCAGAUGCCCCUGGUAGCUGGACUAAACUGGAAGGACACCUCCAAAGCCAUGCUCAGAAAAUGGGAAGGUAAUGAAAGAUUGAAGGACUUUAUUUACUGUACUAUACCAUGCAGAAAUCCACCAAUUCUUCUUUUUAUUUUCGGAAUGUCCUGUGUGUGUCUAUGCGUGGCCGUACGUGCGUGUAACUGUGAGUGUGCUGUCUCCAGGUAUGUUCAACAUGGACACUCCCUGGCUCUACGUGUACACGACCCACAAGCUGAGUCAGCCCCAGCGCCACACCUACCAGUUGACCUCUGAACUCACUGCCCGCAAGUGGCUGACCGUCCGUGACCUCGUGCUGGAGGGUUAUUACAGAGACAGAAGCAAGGACAGAGAGGCCCGCCUGCACCUCUACACACCCGCUGUCACAUACCUCAAAGUACAAAGCUUCCUGCUAGUCUUUUACAUAUUCAACAAUGGCAUUUCUUUCUAAGCAAGGGAUAACUUACUGGACUGGCUACAUCUCUAGACACAGUCAUCAAGUUUGGACCAUACCUGUAUUUACCCGUUUUUGUUGAAAAAGGUUCCAUGUAGAACCCAUACCCUAAGAGCGAUUAUGUGCUGGUUCUGUUGUGUUCCAGGCAGUUGGCUGGGGUAUGGUGGCUAAACAGGGUCUGAAGGCCUCCUGCACCCUCAGCUCUGUGUGGAGCCCUGCCCUGAGGGGAGACCUCUCCCUGGAGAACACCAAGCAGGGCAGGACCCUGCAGCUGGCCUCCAGCUACGGCAAACACAACCUCAGCCUCACCGCAGGACUCACUACCCUGGACAAGGUAGGUGGAAAGGAUGAAGUGUGAGGAUGAGGAUGUCCUAAAAUGUACACCGUACAGACAGUAAGCGAGUAUGCUAGCUAGCAUCAUGCAAGAGUUGAAGUCAUCAACCAUUCAUAUUUUUGGUAACGAUUUGUUAGACGAUUUAUGGUUGAUGAUUAAGGAGGGCAGAGGAGGCUGGUGGGCGGAGUUAUAGGAGGACAGGCUCAUUGUAAUGGCUAGAAUGGAAUCAAAAGAAAGUUAUGUAACACAUCAAACAUAUGGAAACCACAUGUUUGACUCCGUUCCAUUAAUUCCAUUCCAGCCAUUACAAUGAGCCCGUCCUCCUAUAGCUCCUCCCACCAGCCUCCACUGAAGGAGGGUUGAGACUUGAGGCUGAGGGUGUUCUAAAAUGAACACCAUAUCACAGGGAGUACGCUAGCUAGCAUCAUACAAGAAUUGACAGUCAUCAACCAUUCAUAUUUUUUGGUGAUCUUUUUUUAAGCUACAGUUUUUUGCAUAUCUAACAUAGCAUAUCACCAUGGUGUAUGACUCAUUGCAGAAUUUGAGUAAGAGGAUGGUGAGGAUGAAGAUGAUCUUAUCAGAGCCCAAAAGCCCAUCUAUGGAGUUGGAGUUAGAGGGAGGAGUGGAGGAGCUCAGGAAGGACAAACAUAUUUAUCAGAAGAGAGCAUUGCUACUCCUUCGGUAUGUAUCCACUUACUGGUGCUCUUUUUGAGUGUGAUUGAAUAUAACUUGAUGAUGAUGAUGAGAAUGGUGAUGAGGAUGAAGAAUGAUGGUUCAUUUAAUUGUAAUCCUGACAGAACUAAAGUUAUAAUGCCCCUCCCAUCCCACCUACAGACAGCCGUUCCAGAACUUCCUCCAGAGCUUCCUUCUCCAGGAGACUUUCACUGUCGACCUCCACAAGGGCCUUUACAUCCUGGAGUCGAAAGCCCAUCUCUAUAGCAACAGAGACAUCAUUCAUACUCUCACCCUGGGAUACCAGCAACCCAGCCCUUUUGUGAGCCCAGGACCACUCUUGUUUCUGGGCCCAUAUUCACAAAGGUCUCAUAGUAGGAGUGCUGAUCUAGGAUCAGGUCCUACUCAUGUCAAUAUAAUCAUAUGGGUCGUUCUUGAAUUUGUAUUUAUUUAAAUUUAUUUAGGUACAGUGGGGAAAAAAAGUAUUUAGUCAGCCACCAAUUGUGCAAGUUCUCCCACUUAACCCUCCCGUUGUCCUAGGGUCAAAAUGACCCGCCACUGUGUUGAACCAACUUUAUUUUAUUUUUAUUUUUUUUGGAUCAUUUGUGAGAAGGAGGCAGUGAUACUUUCUUUAAAGUCUCACUGCCUCCUUCUCACAAAUGAUCCCCAAAAUAUAAAAAUUAAAUAAAGUUGGUUCAACACAGUGGUGGGUCAUUUUGACCCUAGGACAUGGGAGGGUUAAAAAGAUGAGAGAGGCCUGUAAUUUUCAUCAUAGGUACACGUCAACUAUGACAGACAAAAUGAGAAUUUUUUCUUCCAGAAAAUCACAUUGUAGGAUUUUUAAUGAAUUUAUUUGCAAAUUAUGGUGGAAAAUAAGUAUUUGGUCAAUAACAAAAGUUUCUCAAUACUUUGUUAUAUACCCUUUGUUGGCAAUGACACGGGUCAAACGUUUUCUGUAAGUCUUCACAAGGUUUUCACACACUGUUGCUGGUAUUUUGGCCCAUUCCUCCAUGCAGAUCUCCUCUAGAGCAGUGAUGUUUUGGGGCUGUCGCUGGGCAACACGGACUUUCAACUCCCUCCAAAGAUUUUCAAUGGGGUUGAGAUCUGGAGACUGGCUAGGCCACUCAAGGACGUUGAAAUGCUUCUUACGAAGCCACUCCUUCGUUGCCCGGGCGGUGUGUUUGGGAUCAUUGUCAUGCUGAAAGACCCAGCCACGUUUCAUCUUCAAUGCCCUUGCUGAUGGAAGGAGGUUUUCACUCAAAAUCUCACGAUACAUGGCCCCAUUCAUUCUUUCCUUUACACGGAUCAGUCGUCCUGGUCCCUUUGCAGAAAAACAGCCCCAAAGCAUGAUGUUUCCACCCCCAUGCUUCACAGUAGGUAUGGUGUUCUUUGGAUGCAACUCAGCAUUCUUUGUCUUCCAAACAUGACGAGUUGAGUUUUUACCAAAAAGUUAUAUUUUGGUUUCAUCUGACCAUAUGACAUUCUCCCAAUCCUCUUCUGGAUCAUCCAAAUGUACUCUAGCAAACUUCAGACGGGCCUGGACAUGUACUGGCUUAAGCAGGGGGACACGUCUGGUACUGCAGGAUUUGAGUCCCUGGCGGCAUAGUGUGUUACUGAUGGUAGGCUUUGUUACUUUGGUCCCAGCUCUCUGCAGGUCAUUCACUAGGUCCCCCCGUGUGGUUCUGGGAUUUUUGCUCACCGUUCUUGUGAUCAUUUUGACCCCACAGGGUGAGAUCUUGUGUGGAGCCCCAGAUCGAGGGAGAUUAUCAGUGGUCUUGUAUGUCUUCCAUUUCCUAAUAAUUGCUCCCACAGUUGAUUUCUUCAAACCAAGCUGCUUACCUAUUGCAGAUUCUGUCUUCCCAGCCUGGUGCAGGUCUACAAUUAUGUUUCUGGUGUCCUUUGACAGCUCUUUGGUCUUGGCCAUAGUGGAGUUUGGAGUGUGACUGUUUGAGGUUGUGGACAGGUGUCUUUUAUACUGAUAACAAGUUCAAACAGGUGCCAUUAAUACAGGUAACGAGUGGAUAACAGAGGAGCCUCUUAAAGAAGAAGUUACAGGUCUGUGAGAGCCAGAAAUCUUGCUUGUUUGUAGAUGACCAAAUACUUAUUUUCCACCAUAAUUAGCAAAUCAAUUCAUUAAAAAUCCUACAAUGUGAUUUUCUGGAUUUUUUUUUCCUCAUUUUGUCUGUCAUAGUUGACGUGUACCUAUGAUGAAAAUUACAGGCCUCUCUCAUCUUUUUAAGUGGGAGAACUUGCACAAUUUGUGGCUGACUAAAUACUUUUUUCCCCACUGUAUAUCUUCCCAUUCUAAAUUAAGUAAUAUGGCAGCUUAAUGACUUUUAAUAAUUUUGACCAUUAUGAUAACAUUGUGCCUUCAGUAGGAGUAGUAACACCAACGAUGGUAACACCAAUGAGAAAUGUUAGGUUAUUGAGAAUUUUCUUAAACGGAGGCUACAGAUGGGUCAAAUCAAGGGUCAUUAACCCUUUAAAAAUGAUUUACUAAAGUGAUGUGAAUAAUAAUUUUGCUCACAAUGUUAUUUCCCUUCAUUUAAAUUGAGUAACACGAAAGUGUCACUUUGGAUUUAGACACACCAAAUGAUCAAUGUAAUCCUCAAAUUGAAGACAUACUAUAAGGGUGUGAUUAGCUAAUAAUUUUAUUUAACAUAGACCCCUCUUCCGAUAACAGUUUUCCACUGGAGGGAAUGCUUAAGGUCCUUGUAAUGAGUGAUUUUCAAGGCGGUAACACCGAUGACAUAAAACUGAGGGACAGACAUUAUACUAGUAAAAAAAUAGGUAUUUUAGCCUUCUUUGUUUUUACUGAUUUAUACAAUACGUUCUAGCAUUCAAAAUAAUAAAUACAAUCAGGUACAAAAUGAUUGGUACCCAUGAUAAAGAUGAGAAGAAAAGACUGUAUAAAAUAAAUAAUACAAAUACUGAGCUAUAUUGUAUGCCAAAAUAUAUAUAUAUAGAUACAUUAUUUUAUACUAAUACAAUUGCUCAGACAAAGAGAUUUUGCUUACCAAGUAAUAUAUAUAUUUUUAAAGAUAGGGGUCAAAAUGAUUGGCACCCCUGUUUUCAACAUCUUUCAAUACCUGAACUUGAGAGGAUAAUGGCACUGAGACAUUUUCUAAGAUGUUUUAUGAGAUUGGAGAACACAUUGGGAGGGAUCUUAGACCAUUCCUCCAUACAGAAUUUUUCCAGAUCCUUGAUAUCCUUCGUCUGUGUUUAAGGUCUGCCGUCUUUAAUUCAAACCACAAGUUUUCAAUGGGGGUCAAGUCCGGCGACUGAGAUGGCCAUUGCAAAAGGUUGAUUAUGUGGUCAGUUAAAUUGCGGCUUAGUUUCAGCCUCCUGACAGUGGCAACCAGGUCUUGGGCUAACAUGUCCUGGUACUGGGUAAAGUUCAUAAUGCCGUUGACCUUAACAAGGGCCCCAGGACCAGUGGAUGCAAAAUAUUGAAAGGUAUUGAAAACAGGGGUGCCAAUAAUCUUGACCCCUACAAUGUAGCAAUGUAGCUUAGUAUUUGUAUUAUUUAUUUUAUACAGUCUUUCUUGCUCAUCUUUAUCAAGGGUGCCAAUAAUUGACUGACUGACUGUAGAUAUCUCUAAAUCUGCAAAACAUGUCACUAUAACUCUACACAUCACUACUGGGACAAGCCAAUUUGCUUACCCUAACUACUUUAAACAAUACAUAAAUAUAAAGUGUUGCAGUAUAACCAACUUGAAUUAUUGUCAUUGAUAAACAGAUCAAUACAAACAAAAACAUGUAUGAUGUGUAACUAUUUGUUAUUUUAAAGUGUCUUUCAUGGUUGCAAAGGCAAGGGACGCAAAAUGCCACCGUAAUUCAAGAACGACCCUCAUUCAUUAUGAUCUAAAAAGCAAAACAGAUCCUGGAUCAGCACUCCUACUCUGAGACACUCUUUGAAUACAAGCCCUGAUUUGCUAUAGGAACGGUUGUAACAACAGUCAUUAGUCAAUCUUUCUCAGUGAUGUUGUCUUCUAUUUGAAUCUUCUGCAGGUGUGUUCCUCCCUGACCCACCCGUUCAGCUAUGAUGUCAUCCCUCCAGACUCUGAAAUGUGUGUCACAAUGUUCAGCAACCAGGUAGGGUGAUUGAUAUCCAUCACAUUUCAAGACAUCAACACAAAUGCUCUGAUACAGUCUGUUUUGAUGAAAACAAUGGGACAUUAAAUGACUAAAUUGAAUUUCCGUCUGAUGUAAGUGUGCAGACUUUUUUCUUCAAUAAAUGAAUCCACAAAAUGAAAAAAAAACAGGCUUGUAGCAGAGCACAUGUGGAGAAUGAGUUGGUAGCACUGUAUUUGAGUCCAAUUUUAUGCCUACCAUACCCAUAGAGAUCCUGUGGGUGUAGAAGUUCUCUAUAAAAUCCUAUGGCCGCCAUAUUUCUCUACAGACGCAGAGAGAGGUGCGAGGGAGGGUUCGGGUCGGGAUGAAGGACAGACUGACGUUCCUUGGACAAAUUCAGCUGAAGCCCUCAGAUUCACCGCAACAUAGGGUCAAAGUUCGAGCCAACCUCACCCACCUACUCCAGGUAAGGCCGAUUCUAUAAGAGGGACAUUAUAUAAUAUAAACAGUAUAAUGCUGGCGUGACGCCAAAGUGCUAGGUUUUGAUGAAUAAAGAAGUUGUGUGGUGUGUCCAGGCCUGGCCCCUCACUGGCCAAUCAGAACGUGCUCCAUUGUGAAAUAUGUAGUUGCUUCAAGUUGUAUAUUUAUGGUCUUUUAUGUAUUGCCUUGGAAUCAAUUCCAAUAUUAGUCUGUUAUAGUUUGUUAAAUGGCUUACAGAAACGAAAUAACAAAAUGUAGACCUAUCUUUCAUAAUAAGUUAACUUGAACCCAUUUGCGCACCAUAUUGUUCUAAGUAAUUGCAUGGCUUCAAUAGCAUUCACACUGAUAUAGGGGCUAGGCCUACUAUAAAUUGCAUUAUGGCUGAGCAUGGACAUGCCAAACAUGGGCAAUAAACAAGAUUAAAGUAAUUAUUGAUAAGCCCUAAAAAGAGAAUUAAUAAUUCGAAUCAAAUUAUAAACAAAACAAAACAACAACUUGAUUUCAAUAGGCUAUGUCACACCCUUUUUUUUGUAGGGGGUAGAUCAGCUUUAAUAUUCCAGAUAGAUUGUGGUUUCUAUCAAUGUAAUUGUCUGCAUCAUUUCCAAUCCCCCAUAUAUUUUUUUGUAAAGAAAAUAUUUAAAAAAUAUAACCCUACCAACCCUCCCCUAAUUGGAGUAAACUAAUGGACAACAAUACUUAGGCUUUUACUUCCAGCUUAUACAUACAGUGAGGGAAAAAAGUAUUUGAUCCCCUGCUGAUUUUGUACGUUUGCCCACUGACAAAGAAAUGAUCAGUCUAUAAUUUUAAUGGUAGGUUUAUUUGAACAGUGAGAGACAGAAUAACAACAAAAAAAUGCAGAAAAUGCAUGUCAAAAAUGUUAUAAAUUGAUUUUCAUUUUAAUGAAGGAAAUAAGUAUUUGACCCCUCUGCAAAACAUGACUUAAUACUUGGUGGCAAAACCCUUGCUGUGUGCUUAGGGUCGUUGUCCUGUUGGAAGGAGAACCUUCGCCCCAGUCUGAGGUCCUGAGCGCUCUGGAGCAGGUUUUCAUCAAGGAUCUCUCUGUACUUUGCUCCAUUCAUCUUUCCCUCGAUCCUGACUAGUCUCUCAGUCCCUGCUGCUGAAAAACAUCCCAACAGCAUGAUUCUGCUACCACCAUGCUUCACUGCAGGGAAGGUGCCAGGUUUUCUCCAGACGUGACGCUUGGCAUUUAGGCCAAAGUGUUCAAUCUUGGUUUCAUCAGACCAGAGAAUCUUGUUUCUCAUGGUCUGAGAGUCCUUUAGGUGCCUUUUGGCAAACUCCAAGCGGGCUGUCAUGUGCCUUUUACUGAGGAGUAGCUUCCGUCUAGACACUCUACCAUAAAGGCCUGAUUGGUGGAGUGCUGCAGAGAUGGUUGUCCUUCUGGAAGGUUCUCCCAUCUCAACAGAGGAACUCUGGAGCUCUGUCAGAGUGACCAUCGGGUUCUUGGUGACCUCCCUGACCAAGGCCAUUCUCCCCCGGUUGCUCAGUUUGGGCGGGCGGCCAGCUCUAGGAAGAGUCUUGGUGGUUCCAAACUUCUUCCAUUUAAGAAUGAUGGAGGCCACUGUGUUCUUGGGGACCUUCAAUGCUGCAGACAUUUUUUGGUACCAUUCCCCAGAUCUGUGCCUCGACACAAUCCUGUCUCGGAGCUCUACGGACAAUUCCUUCGACCUCAUAGCUUGGUUUUUGCUCUGACAUGCACUGUCAACUGUGGGACCUUAUAUAGACAGGUGUGUGCCUUUCUAAAUCAUGUCCAAUCAAUUGAAUUUACCACAGGUGGACUCCAAUUAAGUUGUACAAACAUCUCAAGGAUGAUCAAUGGAAACAGGAUGCACCUGAGCUCAAUUUCGAGUCAAAUAGCAAAGGGUCUGAAUACUUAAGGUAUUUCUGUAUUUUAUUUUCGCUUUGUCAUUACGGGGUAUUGUGUGUAGAUUGAUGAGGGAAAAAAAUAUUUUAAUCCAUUUUAGAAUAAGGCUGUAACGUAACAAAAUGUGGAAAAAGGGAAGGGGUCUGAAUACUUUCCGAAGGCACUGUUUGUGUUGACAUUACCUUAAAGGAAGUGUGGUGUUUCAUCCCAAUAGUGUGAAAAGACUUCUUCAUCUCGUCACUUGUGCAGUGAUAUGAUAAAAAUGCAGUGGUGUAAAGUACUUAAGUAUAAAUAUUUUAAAAUAUUUUAAAGUGGUCCUCUGUAGCUCAAUUGUUAGAGCAUGGCACUUGUAACGCCAGGGUAGUGGGUUCGAUCCCUGGGACCACCCAUACGUAAAAUGUAUGCACACAUGACUGUAAGUCGCUUUGGAUAAAAGCGUCUGCUAAAUGGCAUAUUAUUAUUAUAUUAUUAAGUAGUUUUUUGGGGUAUCUGUACUUUACUUUACUAUUUAUUUUUGCCAACUUUUACUUUUACUUCACUACAUUCCUAAAGAAAAUAAUGUACUUUUUACUCCAUACAUUUUCCCUGACACCCAAAAGUACUCAUUACAUUUUGACAGGAAAAUGGUCCAAUUCACACACUUAUCAAGAGAACAUCCCUGGUCAUCCCUACUGCCUCUGAUCUGGCAGACUCACUAAACACACAUGCUUCGUUUGUAAAUUAUGUCUGACUGUUGGAGUGUGCCCCUGGCUAUCCGCCAAUAAAAAAAAGAAGGAAAUUGUGCCGUCUGGUUUGCUUAAUAUAAGGAAUUUGAAAUGGUUUAUACUUGUACUUUUACUUUUGAUACUUAAGUACAUUUUAGCAAUUCCAUUUACUUUUGAUACUUACGUAUAUUUAAAACCAAAUACUUUUAGACUUUUACUCAAGUAGUAUAGUAAGAUGAUGGAUGUCCACUGGGAAUUGGCUUUCACCUGUCCAAGGAAGGGAGACGAGGAGAGCAAGCCACUUUAGACUAUUGUGAUGGACCCAUGACUUUCUGCUUUUUCAGUUGAAGCUCCCUUCGUCGGCCAUACUGGAAGGAGACGUGUCCUGGAAUCCUAAAAAUAACAGUGUGUUUGAUUACCUAGUGAGAGGGAAAGUAGGGAUCAACCGGCAGGAGUGUCAGGUAAGAGUAACUAUUCAUUCACUACUUAAAUAAAAAAUAUUGCUUAUUUAUGAUUACAGCACUUAUCAAUCAGUAACAUAAUGUGUGUUUUUUCUCCAUCAGUUUUCUGUUCAUCUGAAUGGCUCAUCAGACAAAGUUGGGCUGUAUUCCUCGCUCAGUCAUCCCUUCAAAUCCAAGAUCCUUAAAACAUUGGAGGUGGGUCGCUAAUGUGCUUUUUCAAAGGUUGACAAUUGAAUCUCUUAAUUGAUUAAGUAUACAGUAUAAAUAAAAAAGAUAUAGCUUUUCUGUUUUUGGUCAGCGUGUCUCUUGGUUUCUUUUAAAUGGGUAUUUGUCCCUUUAUGUUUGUAUUCUCCAGGCUCAGCUCACUGCAGACACGUCUAUGGUGGAUGGCAGCGUGAGCAGCUCUCUGUGUGUGAGGGCUGAUGGGAAGGACAGAGCUCUGCUGGAGGCCCAGCUCUCCCACUCCCUACAGAGAGACACCAGAGCCCUGGGUCUACGUAUGGACCUGCUCCAGAGUCUACUACCUACUACAGCCACUGCGCUGCACCUCAACAUGUCUGCCAACAUCUCCUCGGAUAGGUAAGUGCAUUCUCACUAGUCUAUCAAGUAGCUACAUACAGUGUGGACUUAGGACAGGUCUGUCUGUCUGUCUGUCUUAGCCACAGUUUUGCUCUGUGUCCCUCCACAUGCGUUCUCACUCUGUAUCCUAAUUGUAACUGUUCAAAGUACCUCCAUACCUUCUCAUCUCUCCCUGUCUGUCUCCUUCCAGACUCUCCAUGCAUGGUUCCUAUGACCAGGGAGGAGAGGUCCUGCAGGCCCAGGUGGCCGGCUCACUGGAGCACUCCCCUGGUUCCCCGGGGCUACGGAUGGCUGUCACAGGGGACCUGAGGCACUCCUUACCCAGCCUCACUGCUCUGCCUCCUGCCCUGAGUCUGGAAGGAGCCCUGGGGCAGUCAGACUGGCUCACUGAAGGUAUGGCUCUAUUAGACAUAAGAAGUGAUUGAUUGGUCUUGUCUCGAAGUGCCAAGGCGAACCCAGGUUAGUGUAUUUUCCAUGUUAGUGCUGUAUAAAUGGUGAAACAUGUGUACAGUGCAUUCGGAAAGUAUUCAGACCCCAUUACUUUUUCCACAUUUUGUUACAUUACAGCCUUAUUCUAAAAUUGAUUAAAUUCAUUUUUUCCCUCAUCAAUUGAAACACUAUACCCCAUAAUGACAAAGCCAAAACAGGUUUUCAGAAAUGUUUGCAAAUGUAUUAGAAAUAAAAAACAGAAAUACCUUAUUUACAUAAGUAUUCAGACCCUUUGCUAUGAGACUCGAAAUUGAGCUCAGGUGCAUCCUGUUUCCAUUGAUCAUCCUUGAGAUGUUUCUACAACUUGAUUGAAGUCCACCUGUGGUAAAUUCAAUUGAUUGGACAUGAUUUGGAAAGGCACACACCUGUCUAUAUAAGGUCCCACAGUUGACAGUGCAUGUCAGAGCAAAAACCAAGCCAUGAGAUCGAAGGAAUUAUCCGAGCUCCAAGAGGCACAUAUCUGGGGAAGGGUACCAAAAAACCUCUGCAGCAUUGAAGUUUCCCAAGAACACAGUGGCCUCCAUCAUUCUGUAAUGGAAGAAGUUUGGAACCACCAAGACUCUUCCUAAACAUCUCUGGAGAGACCUGAAAAUAGCUGUGCAGCGACGCUCCCCAUCCAACCUGACAGAGCUUGAGAGGAUCUGCAGAGAAGAAUGGGAGAAACUCCAAAGGUGCUUCAACAAAGCACUGAGCAAAGGGUCUGAAUACUUAUGUAAAUCUGAUAUUUCCGUUUUUUAUACAUUUACCAAACUAUUUAAUAUAUUUUAGAAUAAGGCUGUAAUGUAACAAAAUGUGGAAAAAGUCAAGGGGUCUGAAUACUUUCCGAAUGCACUGUAUGUCACACACACACAGACACACACACAAAUGUAUUAUUCAGUGCUAUGAAGUGUAUGUGUGUGUUGCAGGGCAGCUGAGAGUGACAGUGAGUAAGGCUGUGUACAGUGUGGAGCUGAGUCAUCAACAGGACCAAGGAGACACCUGGGACGAAGAGGAUGGCAUGCUGGGAAAAGAGCCUGACGGGGCCCGUGAUUGGUUGUGCGCUCGGGCAGGGGAGGAGUCUCUGUGUGUGAAUGUGAGCCGCCGAUUGGGCAUUCAGGGGAGGGGUGGAGUCAAUGCCCAGCUCUCUCACUCCUCCCCCUGGCUCCAUACUGCAGGUGACCCCCUCCAUCUGUCACAUAUUGUUGUUACUUUGAAUCUCUACUCCCCCAGUCCCUCUCCUCAGAUGUCCUCCUUCUAUGGUCCUUUCACUUCCACACUUUCUGUCUCCUUAGAUAUCCUCAAUUAAUAUGAUAAUAUGAAACCGUAAUCUGUUGUAAAAAGACAUAGCCAUACACAAUGAAUGUAUCACGUACCCUGUUUAUCAAGUCUUACAUGCCCUUUCAAGUCUUGGUAAAUGACAAAAAUCCGCUCACAUAAAUUGUGCACCAUUGUCUGUCACCAAUGUUUUAGGUAUACCAGGUAACAGCAGUGCCCAGGUGAGCUGGACCCAGGAGGAGGGCAGGCUCUCAGUGCUGGCAGAACUACAGGCCGGGGCUCAGGGCCUGAAGGCUGAGUUUGAGAGUGCCAGGACUGGCCGUGCCUCCCCACGAUGGGAGCUCCAAACCAGGGUACAGCACCAAAGCAAGGCCCUGGUCCAAAGAGGCAUGCCCAGCUCCAUCCAGGCUACAGGGCACUAUCAGGUGCAGCUUCAUCCUCUUCUUCCUCAUCCUUCCUCUUCUUUCUCUCUACUCUAUUGUUGUUAAGAAAGCUGCAUUGAAUUUGACUUUGGACAUAUUCCUGGAGAUAACUUAUCAAGCUAUCGAAGAAGAUGCAUCAAAGAAUCUUCAAGCCAAGGCUUUUAUAAUUUUAAGAAGAUAAAUUCAUUUGAUUUUCAGGUUUCAAGCCAUGAAAGACAUCACAUUCAUAAUUCAGUAUUUACUUCUAUGUAUUACAGUAUUUUCAGUUUAAUAUUUAAUGUCCAAAAGUAUUUGUAUUACUUCUGACUGUAGGAGGAGACAGAGGGUGUGAGUGCAGGGUUGGCCAUUCAAGUUGAAGAACAGAAGAAGGUGGACAUCGUAGUGGAAGCUGGCAAGGGGAACAACACUGCCAACCUGAACGUGUCUCUAUUGCACAACCUGAGGCAACUCAAAGGAGUGAUACCUACAUCAUUACAGGUGACCAACACAUUUGUACAUUGAAAACUCACUCAAAAACACAUUUACAACAGUGCAACAGAUUCAAAUAUCACAAUACUUGUAUUCCAUUUGUAUAAUCUCUCAGUACCAUACCAACAGCGUUUCUACAGCAGUGAAGUAGGCACUUUUAUAAGCCAUGCAAAUUUGAUUUUAAAUAGGCAAAUGCAUUUGCUCAAUUGAUACUAGUUCUAUAGUGUCUGAUAUUAUAGUUGUUUUCACUCCAAAGAAGUAUAGGAACCGUGCGCUCCAACUCAUGUGCCAUACUGUCUGUGUUAAAUUCCUCCAUCUUCUCCCACUGCUCUCCCUUUAAUAAACAAACUGUGUCGACGGGGGUCUCUGUUUUCACAGAUGAGCUGCACGGGGUACGCCACCAAUGGUGCCGCUAAUGACCGCCUACUCGGCCCAUUGCUCCGGAAGCAUCGCCGGUCGACCCGUGGAGGUACGCGCCUUUCGCUCCAAGAGACCACACAGCAGCAGGCUCUGCUACGGCCUAGCGUUAGCCUACCCUAGCAUCACCGCACAGGCCAAAGGCUGCUACAGCCCCACGGGCCAGGCUGAGCUCAUGGCUAACCUCACCCACUCCUCCCGGCUACUGCAGCUCUCCCUGGGGCUGCCCUCCCGCUCUAGCCUCAGGCUUCUGCUCCGGCCUGGGCCUAAGCGAUGGGGCCUGAGGUUCGGGUUGGCGGUUGGCCCCUGGAGGGUGCAGGUUAGUGGGGGGCUGAGGCAGGAGGCGGCAGGGCUCUAUGCAUGGCAUAGCCUGGUUGAGUAUGGGACUCCUCAUGUCACACACAAGGCCGAGGUUAGAGGUCGCGUUAGGGCAGAGCGGUGGUGUCACCUCUGGGUGGAAGUGAGCGGGGUGUGGGACUCAGUCAGAUCCAGCCUGGUGGUGUCGACGCGGUGUGGGGGAGGGGUGCGGGUGGCCUGGGUGCGGAUCACUGAAGGGGAAGGGGCACUAGCACCAAGCAGGACCUCUCUGACCAUAAUAGGAAGCGCUGUGAAAGACGGCCUCAGGGGCACUGUGGGUCUUGAAAACAACCAGGAUUCUCUCCACUGCCUGUUAUCCUUGCUACUGAGGGAAAGCCGAGCUGAGCUGGGCUGGACCCUCCACCACCAAUGGGCCUCUCUCUCCACCUCCUCCAUCCCAGAAAGGGUUGACCUGCACGGGUCAGCCCAGGUCCGACGUGCCUCCCUCUCCGGGAACGCCCGCGUCUCCUUGGACGCCCACUCGGCCAACCUGGACGUCACGGCGACCUGGGAGCCCCUCGGCCACGCCCCAAACGCUGUCCUCAGGGCCAUUUUCCAACAUGACCUUGCCACCCUAAAGCAUGCUGGGAUACCAGAGGACGCCACCCUGAGCGUGUUUGCGGGGCCCACUCAGGCACAGGUGGAGCUGGAGAGUGACACGUGUUCCAUGUUGACCCACGGGACUAGUCUACAUAGAGGGGAACACAGAAGGACAUGGACCCUGGUUGUCCGUCAAUGCUGUAACCUACUUAAGGUAGAGACAGAAAUAUAAUUACUAGAAUGGGCAUGCCCAUUCUAGUCAACGUAAUUCUAUUUCUAUGAGUAGAGCAGUGGAAACAUGGCGGGAACAGGAAAUCAAUCAAAUUGAUUUUAUAAAGCCAUUUUUAAGUGACCUCAACCAUGUUUCCCAGCGACAGAAAGCAGGAAGUGAGUCAUCUUCACCAGAAAGAUGAGCCUCCACUUUCCUUUACAGCAUGGCAUAUCGCUGACACAUACGGUAAUGCUGUCUCACAUUUAGAUCCCACGUCAAUAGAUGUGUGAUGUUGUUUAUGUUGUGUCAGUUCAUCUGUAUCUUUUAUAAAUAUUUGAUUUCAGCACAAAAACACACAAAAUAAGACAGCCUAUUGCAAAUUUGACUAUCGGCUACAUUUUUUGCUGACUAUUAGUUUCUCCUCCACAGACUCUCCUCCCUCCGUACUUCUCAGUGAAUGGCUCCUUGGUCCGCUCCGGCUGUACCACGCGUCUGGACACAAACCUCCACACCGGGGGAGAGGAGAAGGGGGGCUGCCAGCCUGGCCUUAUCCUCCUGCCUCCCCCAGCUCAGCCUCAGGAGCUCCAUCCGUCACUCCCUGACGGGGCUCCGUGCCCUGGGCAUCCCCCCUCGCAGUGCCCUAGUCCUGGGUGUCUCGACUGGGGAACGCCCUGGGGUAGGGGUGGAGCUGGAGCUGGGGCAGUGCCGGCUCAGGGCCGAUUCUGGGGAGAAUAAGGCUAACUGGGCCGUCAAUGUGACCCACUAUUGCCCAGAACUACAGGUAAAGAACACGCUGACCGGGAGAGUACGAACAAAUAUGAUUCUGAUUACCAAUCAGUGGAAUCUGAUGUGUUAGUGCUGGGCUACGUUCCAGUGUGAGUGCCUGUAUGUUUCUGCUUUGGCCAGCUUUUGGGGAAAGGGGAUACCUAGUCAGUUGCACAACUGAAUGCAUUCAACCAAAAUGUGUCUUCCGCAUUUGACCCAACCCCUCUAAAUCAGAGAGGUGCAGGGGGCUUCCUUAAUCGACAUCAUCAGCGCCUGCCGGAAGCAGUUGAUAUUGGGUGUUAACUGCAUUGCUCAAGGACAGAACAACAGAUUUCUUCCACUUUGCCGGCUCUGGAAUUUGAACCAGCGACCAUUCGGUUACUGGCCCAACGUUCUUAACCACUAGGCUACCUGCCGCAGAGUUGGGGUUAAAUUCCAUUUAAAUUCCAGUCAAUUCAGAAAGUAAACUAAAUUCCAAUUCCACAUUUUCCCAAUUGAAAAGCAUUGAAGAGAAUUGGAAUUGGAAUUUCAGUGCACUUCUGGAAUAGACUGGAAUUGAACCCAACCCUGCUGCAUCAACAAAGUAUUUUCUGUCUACUACAAAUAUUACGGUUAUAACCACCACCUACAAUAACAUUGACUAGGCUAUUAAUCACCAUUACGGUACAGCCUCACAUCUGAGUUAUGACCACUUUGAUUUUGCUAGCUGGAACACCAGCUAAGAGAUGGUUUUGUCCCAGUUUACCUAUUUGCUAAUGGUCUUGCCUACGCCUAGCGAACAGUUUUUUUAAUUAAUUGAAAAAUCCAAUUUUAUUUGGAACGGCAAGCCAGCCAGACAAAAUUAAAUGGGCCUAUUUAUAUAAUGAAUAUGAAUUCGGAGGACAGAAAUGAUUAAAUAUUAAAGCAUUAGACCUAUCACUAAAAGCUUCAGUCAUACAAAAGUUAUACUUAAAUCUGAACUGGUUCUCUAGCAAAUUAGUAAGAUUGUCUCACCCCAUGUUCAAGAAUGGCCUUUUUCCCUUUAUUCAGAUUACAACCCCUCACUUUCAGUUAUUUGAAAAGGAAAUAAUCUCCCAAAUAUCACUAUUUCUAAAACAAGCCAUAGAAAGUUGGUUGCAAUUUCAAUUGAAUCCUCCAGAAACGACAGAACAAAUAAUGCAACAAAUAUUGUGGUUAAACUCAAAUGUACUAAUUGAAAAAUGUUUUUAUAAAAUGAAUAAUCUUUAUAAAUGAUAUCAUCGGUAGGACUGGUGGAGUUAUGUCGCACAUGCAGCCAAUAAAAACAUAUGGAAAUGUCUGCUCUACCCAAAAAAACAAAUAAUUGCAGCAUUACCGCAAAAAUGGAAGAGGAAAGUGGAAGGGGGAUAAAGUAAGUAACUUGUCUGUCGGCCCUGCAUUAAAGAACAUAAUUGGUUAAAGGAAAAUAGUGAUAAAUAAAAAAGUAUACCAGUUUCAUUUAAGGACCAAAGGAUUGCCAGCUGUGCCAUAUAGAUUGCAAAAUAGUUGGGAAGAUAUUUUUGACGUACCAAUUCCAUGGCAUAGUGUUUAUGAACUGAUACGCAAAAUGACGCCGGAUUCAAAAUGUAGAAUUUUUCAAUUUACAUUAUUAUACAAAAUUCUUGCUACCAAUAGAAUGUUAUUUAUAUGGGGGAUACAACCUUCCCAGCUCUGCAGAUUUUGCUGCGAAGAUACAGAAUCAUUAGAUCAUUUGUUUUGGUACUGUCCAUUUGUAGCUUGUUUUUGGACACAGGUCCAGGAAUGGCUGAAGGAUUGCAAUAUUUACCUGGAGCUAACCCUGCAGAUAGCAUUACUGGGUGAUCUGAAAAGUCAUAGUCAGUCGAUCAAUAAUAUAAUAAUACUUAUAGCAAAAAUGUUUAUUUUCAAUUUACAAUCUGUAGAAACAAUGAGAAUAGAAGGGUUCAGACUUUUGUGAAACAUCACAGUACAGUUGAAAAAUAUAUGGCAAAUAGAAAUCCAAUAUGGAUGGUGUUAAGCGAUAGAUGGGAGGUGUUGAAUGGAGCUGAAGGAUGGGACUAAUAACAACUAACAACAACUAAUAACAACACGAUAACUAAUGUAAAGCAUACUGUGUCCAUAAUAAGUAUAUAGGUUAUAGGUUGAGAGCUUUUGUGAAAGAGCACAGUUAGAAAGAUAUGGCAUAUAGAAGCAAACUGGAUGGACAUCAUGAAAAUGAUCAGAGAGGUUGAGGGUAGAGGAAGUUCAGGAGUAAAAUCAAACAAAAUAUAAUUUUGUAAAAUUGACUGUGUCCAUAAAAUGUAUAUAGUAUGUAUAAGCUGGAAGUAGAGGCCUAAGCGUUGUUGUUCACUAGUUUACUCCAAUUAGGGAAGGGGUCAUGGGGUUGGAAAGUAAUAAAGGGAAAUAUAUUUUUUUAAAGGACAUGUAUGUAUAUGUAUUUAUAUGUAUGUAUGUGUAUAUGUAUGUAUACGUGUGUGUAUAUAUAUAUAUUUGCGAGAGAAAAAAACAUUGAUGGAAGUUACAAUCUAUCUGCAAUAUUAAAGCUGAUCUACCCCCCAAAAAAUAAAAAUGAAUAAAUAAAAAUAUUUUAAAAAGAGAUGGCUUUGAUGAUAAUAGGGGGGUGCACAUAUAUUAUCAACACACCCAUGUCCUUUGAAGAACUUCAGAAGGAGUCUUCAUCAAAGGCAAACCUGGGGGCUCAUUUUUAACUUUUAACUGGGUGUUGCUGUGAUAGAACACCAAGGGUGGGUCCCAAAUGGCACCCUAUUCAUGGGCUCUGGUCAAAAGUUUUGCACUAUAUAGGGAAUACUGGUUUUUUAAAAUAGUGUACUAAAUAGGGAAUAGGGUGUAAUUUGGGACGUAGCCCAUAGGAUGGUUUGUGAGACCAUAUGUAUUCUGUCUGGAUCAGUGCCCCGUGGUGUUUGUACUAGCAGCGGGAGCUACUUGUCUCUAAUUGAGAGCUGUGUGUGUGUGUGUGUGUGUGUGUGUGUGUGUGUGUGUGUGUGUGUGUGUGUGUGUGUGUGUGUGUGUGUGUGUGUGUGUGUGUGUGUGUGUGUGUGUGUGUGUGUGUGAUUGGCAGAGCUUUGUGGAUGCAGCUGGACAGAGGCCUCCGCUUUGUUGACCGUCGAGGGACAGAGAGAGGGAGAGGAGGAGAGAAGAGAGAGAGAGGGGAAAGGGGGAGUGAAAGUGAAGGGAGAGGGUUUGAGUUGAGAGGAUGGAUAGAAGAAAGGUUUGGUGUUGUAAAACUUACGUUUGUUAGAAUAAUUGAAAGUUGUACUAAAUUAGAAGGGUUUGAGAUUGAAGAAUAGCUGUUGUUUUUUUUCUUCAUUUUUGAGCCACGCGUGCCCAUUUAUGUACAUAUCUCCACAGAGCACAGGACUCCCUGCAUCCCUGGCCUUCCAGGGCCUCCUCUCAUUGGUCCCUUGCCAGCUGGCCCUUCACUGUACUCUAAAGAUGGACAACCAUGAUCUUACCCUGGAGCUAGGCCAGUCCUGCAGUCCGGCAGCACGCUUCUCUGGAUCCCUGACACACUCCUUCCCUGGGCUCCGGACCAGGGGCCUCCCCCUGACGACCAGCAUAGAGGCUUCGGCCCCUGAGGGCCCUGGACAGACUGGGGCCCUGUUUAUUAAAGCUGGCUUGUGUUAUAUCAGAGCUAAUGGAGACAUGGGGCUUAAUGGAAGGACACAGUGGUUGUGGGCUACGGAGUCAGAUUGUCCGUUGCUACAGGUAGGCUAUCCUCUGUUUUAUUGAAAUACAACACGUUAUACAGAGGUUAUCCUCAUUGCAUGCCUAUGAUUUCAACAGUGAAACCGUAAUGUGGAAAGUUUGUGGUCUUCAUAUCCAACUUACUGUAUGUAGCUUAAUCUAGUUAGCUUGGUCCCAGAUCUGUUUGUGCUGCACAGCCAACUCCUACAUACAGAUCAGGGACAGCAAGUAAGUCACUCUUACUGAAUAUCCAAGGCCGAAGAAAGCCAUGCAGUCAAGUCACAAAAUCACACUCCCAUCCACCUUUUCCCCAGGGCCUCGGCCUUCCCUCCCAGGUCCACCUGAACGGCUCCGUGGGAACAUAUGACCACAAUGUCUGGAUGGCCAUUUUGGAUGCCAGUGUGGAGGGACAACAGAGGGGUUUCCUGAGGCUGACUGCAAGGGCCAAGCCUGGGCUGAGGCUAGAGGGACACCUCAACCACAACCUCACAGCCCUUGGGGGGUUACCGGGCCAGAGUAGGAUAGUGGUGACCGGUAGUGGUAGGGCAGACUCACAGGGCUACGAUACAGAGGCGGAGCUACAGCUGGGUGAAUGUGCCGUGAGAGGCUCGGCGACGGUGAUGACAGGGGACCGCCUGAAGGGGGCAGUGGUGUACCACAACAACUGCACUGCAUUACAGGUACCAGCACGUUCUGAUUAAAGUAUUAAAUUAUAUUCCACUACCAACAGCUUUGCCACUGUCUCGUACUGGGUACAGGUUGCCCCUAAGCACGGUUGUAGGAUCAGCUUCCGUUCCCUAUGUCGUAACCUGAACUAUUUGGGUGAAAAGUGCGAAACUAAACUUAGAUCAGCUCUUAGGGGCAACUUAAUCCUACACUGCUAUGUUAAUAACUACUAUCUCGUCAUCCAUUUUCCAUCAAGUUUGAUUUGUCGGUCUAUAAUGUUAUAUACCCAAUAUUUUAUAGGAAUGGGGUAGUCCAGUUAAGAUGGAAGGUUCUUGGUCCUUGGUCAUCACCCAGACAUUUCUAGAUACCCAUGUCUCCAUGGCGAUGGAUGAAAAUAACCUACAGGCUUUGAUGGCACUGAAAACAACAAAGGUAGGCUACUGUUGUUUCUGUACAUUUCAAAUUUACAAACAUUUCAGUAUUUCAGUGUUCCAAACGGCCUCUUCCUCAUUUAUUAUUUCAUUUUUUAUUCAUUCCUCUUUAUCAUUGACUGAUAAACAUAGAGAUGAAUGAAUGAAUACAUUUCAAGUACUGUGUCUACUUCUGUUUGUGUCUGCCAGGGUUGGCAGGAAGCAUCAGGCCAUCUCAACCACUCUGUGCCCCUGCUACAAAGGGUGGGCCUCCCCGCCAAUUCUGCUAUGGCGAUGCGCUCAGAGAGCCAUGGCAACAGCUCCUACCACUGGCUCCUCCAUUGCAUCGUGGGUAGCCAACAGGUAACCUGAUUAACAACAGCUGUUUAGAGAGGAAACCACAUAAUUAAAUAGAACACUUAUUUAGGGCCCUGUGUUUUGCGCAAUCAUGUGACAUAUCAAGAUUUUAUCCUGUAUUUUAAGCCUUAUCCAGAAAUGAGAAUUUAUCAAAAAAUGAUAGCAAUUGUCUGAGGAUGGUGCUGGACCAUCUGAAAUAACAAGAAAAGGGAACAGUUUGAUGAAAAAGUGUUAAAUAAAGGUUAAAAUCCAGGCAUGCCAAAGAAUUGCGCAAAACACAGGGCCCUAAGUAUGAUAUUGUAUCUCUAUGGAGAAAACUGCCCUGUUGUAUACUAGGGGUGGGCGGGGUGCAUCCCAAUAUUCUAAAGUCGCUUUCCUUGACUCCUCUCCUUCAUCUGCACUGGUCUGUAAACACAUUAUUAUAAUUUUUUAUACCAGUGUACAUGAGGGAAAGAAUGCAAAAAAGCAAUUUUAGACUAUUGAUAUGCACCCUAAGAUGUUUCCUUCUUUAUACUCAUAAUGAAUUUAAUAGAGGAUGCAAUAUGAUGAUUAUCUACCAUAUUCAUUUUACCCAAUUUCAUGUGUCUUUGGAAUGAGAAAUGGGAAAUGGGAAAUACAGUAUGUGUAUAUGUGUGUCUUUAUGGUAAGCACUUAUAUUUUUAGUUAAUAGAGGAGAUGACAGUCGAGAGGAGUCAAGGGAUGGUGAGGGUGAAGAGCGUUGUCAAUCACACUAUGGCAUUUCUGAAGAACUGGGGACUGCCAGAGAACAACAGUAUCCAGGUUAGAGACGUCACACUACUGAGCCAAGCCAAACCAACCUGAGCCGAGCUGUACUGGGUUGACCAUAGUUGCUGGAACCAGGCUGGAAAGAACAAUGUGAAAAAACUAUAUCCAAGCCAGCACAGUACGGUUCAGGUUGGCAUGGUCAUGUAAAAAUGGGUUUAGAGGUUUAGAUGCCUUGGCUUAUAUAUUUAUCUGUUUUUCUACUGUAUCUUAUUAGAUAAGUAUUCAGUAUGGUGCCUUUGCUGUGCCUCCAGCUAGAGCUUGGUUCUGGGGAGGUGAGGAACCUGACCAUUCAGUCCCAGUUUGGAGCUCAGCUAGCAAGACUGGGGCUUCAGCUGAAGGACAGUCCAUUGGCUACUGAACUGAGAGGCAACCUGUGGCACAGUUGCCUUUGGCUUCAAGAGAGAUGGUUUCCACAGACGAUGGAGGUAAAUACUUGUGCCCAUUCUGAAUAUCUUUUAUGAUAUCUUCAGUGAUUUGAGUGUAUUUGGCUGUGUGGGUAUUCCUGCAGUACAUUUCAAUUAUCUUCAAUUUUACUGAUUAGGGGUGAGUGUUCCAAAAACAAACAAUGAACUUCAUGUUUAAUGAUUUAUUUGUUUUUGGGAAACUUGCCCCUGAAAUCACAGUACAGAUUAAGGAAAGAAGACAAGGAUCCUUGGUCUAAUGAUCUAUCCUUGGUCUAAUCAAGCCCCUCCCCCCCUGCCUCCCUCUGUCCUUUUCCUCUCCUCCCUCUCCCAGGCCCUAUGCUCCAUACAUGGGGUGAUGUCUCAGCUGCGGUCCAGGGCUCACCUCUCCAUGGACGGACACAUGCUGCUGGUGUCUGGCCUGAACGUCAGCGUAGCCGAUGGACGUCUGGCCAUGCUGCUCUCUCUGACCCCUCCCUCAUCACUACGUACAUACUUGCCAUAUAGUCUGGACACAGCCAUGACCGCCCAAUUCACAGGUUAGCACACUAACCCAGCUAACGUCAUGAAAUGACAGAAAGGGGACCUAUUUGUACUUUUCGCCAUCGGUCAAAAAUGUCCUAUGUAACGUUCUGUCGUAACCAAACUGUGACAUGUCUGGAAUCUCCUUGAAGUUCAGUAUGUACACAGUUAUACCUCUUCUCCACUAGCUUACUUCUCCUUAGUGCCUUAACUCUCUGUGCCCUAACUCAAUCCCUUCCAUAGGGCCCAUGAGAAGUGUGUCAGUGGACCUGCACUGUAAGGGGAGACGGGUGCGUGUUGUUGGGGACGUGAGGGGCUGGGGAACCUAUGGAGGGUCCAGGGAGGCCAGAGCCACAAUACAGCACAGCUUACAGGGACAGACCAGCCCUAUUCUACAGGUAGGCUGGCUGAUACACACACACGUACAUACAAUGCUUUGCUAACAGACGUACUGGUAAGGUAGACUGACACUUGUGUGUGUGUGUGUGUAGGUGGAGGCCUGGGGAAGACUGACUGACUCUCAGCUCAGGUGCUCUGUAGCUGUGAACCCUGAGCUCAGCUCCUCUGUGGCCCUCAUCAUUCAGGGACAUCAUCUACCAGACAGGUAUAAUGACACACACACACAGACAGACACACAAACACAAAGCAACAUGCCCUUGGAUAAUGAUUGUGCUUGUGUCCAGUAAGGAGCUGAUGGUGAAGGUGUUCCAGAAUAUCCCACAGUUGCUGCCCUAUCUGCCCACUCAACUCAACGCCAGAUCUCAGGUGUGUGGUACAAUGUGUGUGUUUGUGUGUAUGAGAGAUUGCUCUUUAAUUCUCACACCUGUUGCUGCCAUUUUCACCGCCAACAUGCUAGCUAGAGUGAGAGAUUGAGUUUAGACAGUUUGAAGUGCAACUCCAGCUAAAAUCGAAACAUUUAUGUAAGGCGUAAGCUCAGAAAUAAGGUUUGAUCAAAGAGGAAAUUGUAGAAGAGUUGGUUGUUUCGGAGUGCGUCUCGACUCUUUUUCCUUUUCUGAAACCAACCCUGUGAUGAGGUGUGAAUGACGGAGUCAGGCACAGGAGGUAAAACACCGAAAUCCAGAGUUUAUUCAGUGUACAUGAAUAAAGCGCAGCAAGCGUCAAAACGAAACUAGCACAAGGGAAAAAUCCACCUUGGCUACAUACAGCUACCGAGCUACUCACUCUCACAAUGAACAAUUACUCACAAAGGACAAGGGGGCAGAGGGAACACUUAUACACAGACUAAUGAGGGAAUGAGUACCAGGUGUGUGUGAUUGACAAGACAAGACAAGACAAAUGGAGUGAUGAUAAAUGGAGCGGUAGUGGCUAGUAAGCCGGGGACGACCAACGCCGAAACCUGCCCGAACAAGGAGGGGGGGGCAGCCUCGGCUGAAUUCGUGACACCCCCGCUGCACAUUGUAGAUGGUUGAUAUUUGUUUGCAAGGAUGAGACCUCUUCAUCAGAAACCAUGUCAUGUUGAUUUCACCAGAGACUGCACUAAUAAUGUAAAUAGAGUUGAAAGGCCUCAGCAGAAAUCCUUUACUCAAGGAAGACACUUGAGUUGGCUCAUCAGGAAAUGGAAUGGUAAGAUUUGGCCAUUUUUAUAAUUGAUAAGAGUGUCUGCUAAAUGACUAAAAUGUAAAUGUAAAAUGUUAUCAAUAGUAUUUGGCAAUAAUCAUCAUUGAGUGUUGUUGAUGGUAGGAUGCUGUUGUAGACCUAAUCUUCUUUUGUUUUUAGAUGAAAAGCACAGAUGUGGGAUGCUAGACUUGAAGUCCCAUAAAUAACUGUUGGCCCAUGACCUAACCCCUUGUACUAUCCAUUUGUAUUAUAAUCUGGACAGAGCAAUUUGUAUAGAGGUCCAGUUCAAAUGCUUAUCCUAAUCAGUCCAACCACUUGUUUAGCAGUUGUUACUUGAUGUGCUGUUUUUCUAUACCUGUGUGAGUGCCUAAUCUGUAUGAAUGGCCUUUGACCCCAGAAAAGUAGUUGAGUGUAGAGGUCUUCACGGAUCCACCUGUACUCGAACACUCUAGACCCGAUCCGGAUCCAGAAUUCUAAAUAAUGUCAUUGUUUGGGUCGGUUCUGAUAUCAUUGUCACGGGUCUCAGGUAUGCAUCUCCCGAGUGGUGCAGUGGUCUAAGGCACUGCAUCGCAGUGCUAGCUGUGCCACUAGAGAUCCUGGUUCGAAUCCAGGCUCUGUCGUAGCUGGCCGCGACUGGGAGACCCAUGGGGCGGCGCACAAUUGGCCCAGCGUCAUCCAGGGUAGAGGAGGGAAUAGCCGGCAGGGAUGUAGCUCAGUUGGUAGAGCAUGGCGUUUGCAACACCAGGGUUGUGGGUUCGAUAUUCCCAUGGGGGGCCAGUAUGAAAAAAAAAAAAAAAACAUUAUAAUGUAUGCACUCACUAACUGUAAGUCGCUCUGGAUAAGAGCGUCUGCUAAAUGACUAAAAUGUAAAAAAUGUAUGCGUAAUUUUAACUGACUUGUCCAGGAAGGGCCCAUACAGAUCUGAACACGACUGCUGCAGUAGAGAAAGAGACAUUCUAUCAUUUAUACUGCUGCUCUGGUGUGUGGCGCGUGUAGCUUGUUGAUUGUGGACUACAGGAAAGGGAGGGCCAAACACGCCCCCAUUCACAUCGACGGGGCUGUAGUGUAGCGGGUCGAGAGUUUCAAGUUCCUUGGUGUCCACAUCACCAACAAACUAACAUGGUCCAAACACACCAAGAAAGUCGUGAAGAGGGCACGACAAUGCCUUUUCCCCCUCAGCAGACUGAAAAAAUUUGGCAUGGGUCCCCAGAUCCUCAACAAGUUCUACAGCUGCACCAUCGAGAGCAUCCUGACCAGUUGCAUCACAGCCUGGUAUGGAAACUGCUCGGCAUCCAACCGUAAGGCACUACAGAGGGUAGUUCGUACAGCCCAGUACAUCACUGGGGACAAGCUUCCUGCCAUCCAGAACCUAUAUACUAGGCGGUGUCAGAGGAAAGCCCAAAAAAUUGUCAAAGACUCCAGUCACCCAAGUCAUAGACUGUUCUCUCUGCUACCGCACAGCAAGCUGUACCGGAGCACCAAGUCUAGGUCCAGAAGGCUCUUUAACAGAUUCUACCCCCAAGCCAUAAGCCUGCUGAACAAUAAAUCAAAUGGCCACCCAGACUAUUUGCAUUGACACCCACACCUUUGUUUUUACACUGCUGCUACUCACUGUUUAUUAUCUUUGCAUAAUCACUUUACCCCUACCUACAUGUAGAAAUGACCUCGACUAACCUGUACCCCCGCACAUUGAUUCUGUACCGUUACCCCCUGUAUAUAGCCUCAUUAUUGUUAUUUUAUUGUGUAACUUUAAAAAAAAGUUUAUUUAGUAAAUAUUUUCUUAACUCUAUUUUCUUAAAACUGCAUUGUUGGUUAAGAGCUUGUAAGGAAGCAUUUCACGGUAAGGUCUACAGCUGUUGUAUUUGGCGCAUGUGACAAAUACAAUUUGAUUUGAUUUGUUAGCCAAUCAUAAGUCAUCAAAGAGGCAAUAGGCUACAGUCAUAGAGCCUCAGUGUGUGGCAAAAGUUAGGAGAUAUCUAAUCAAUCGAAGAUGGAAUUAAAAUGACGGAAUUAAAAGUUAAAGGAGAAGGAUAGGCUACAACGACCAAGAGCCAACAGGUAGGCUGCUACUUAUUCUGAAUGGAGUUGUUGUUAUUUGUAACUAUAGGAUGAGAAAGCGCAUGCACUGCAGCCUCAAUUAGCCUAGCUAUCUAAUGUUAGCUAGCUUCUCCCGGAUUGAUGCACUCAAGACAGGUACCACGUAAUCAUAUUUGAUGAUAAAUAACCAAGCUAUGACAGCUAUUAGUCUACUAUAGUGCGAGUUAACUUGUUGGUUGGUUAGUUGCUGUCUUUCGUCUCUCCCUCCCUGCUCCCUCCCUGAUCCCUGUGUCACUCGCUCACAGUACGGCCCCCUCCUGCCUGCUAGAGCGGCAGCUCUCUCUCCUUCCUCUUGUGCCUUAUCAGCUCCGGUUAAUUAAGUAGCUUUAAAAAAAUGACUUUUCUGCUGCUUCCAUCACUUGGAUCGGACCGGGUCUGGAUCCGACCAGGUCUAUACGGAACGGGUCUAGUUGUCCGUGGAUCCAUUCGGAACAGGUGUCUAUAUUUAAAAAAAUAUAUAUUUGUGCAUAUCGGUCCGGGUGGGAAAGCCCCAGGUCCAUUUCAGAACGGGUCCAACUUUUUGGACCUGUGAAGACCUCUAGUUGAGUGUCAUCUGCAAAGCAAUGAUAGGAGAGACCAUGUGAGGAUAUGACGGAGCCGAGUGACUUGGUGGAUAGAGGAAAGGGCCUAGAACCGAGCCCUGGGGGACACCAGUUGUGAGAGUACAUUGUGCAGACACAGAUCCACUCCACGUCACCUGGUAGGAGUGGCCUGCCAGGUAGGAUGCAAUCCAAAAGUGUGCAGAGCCUGAAAUGCCCAGCCCUAAGAGGGUGGAGAGUAGGAGAUGAUGGUUCACGGUGUAGAAGGCAGCGGCUAGAUCUAGGAGGAUGAGAACAGAGGAGAGAUUCAGCUUUGGCAGUAGUCUCGGUUGAGUUACCCGUCUUGAUGCCUGACUGGUUAGGGUCAAGCAGAUCGGUCUGAGAGAGAUAGUGAGAGAGUUGGUCAAGUGUUUUGGAAAGGAGGAGGGAGUCGAGUGGGCAGGUUGUCGUGCAGCCGGACAUCACUAGUCACAGGAUUCCAUCUGGAGAGAGAAGGGACAACGAGGUCAAGGCGUAGGGUAGUUCUGUGUGGGACCAGUGAAUGAGGAGCGGAUGUCGUCAACCUUCUUUUCAAAGUGGUUGACAAAGUAAUCCGCAGAGAAGGAGUAGGGUGGGAGAGAGGGUGGAGGAUUAAGGCGGGAGGAGAAGGUGGAAAAUAGUUUCCUAGGGAUAGAGGCAGAAGCUUGACAUUUUGAGUAAUAGAAAAUGGCUUUAGCAGGUGAUAGAGAGGAAAAGAGGGUAGAGAGAAAGGAGUGAAAGGAUGAUAGGUCUUCUGGAAGUUUAGUUUUCAAUUUUCUCUCAGCUGCCCUGUUCUGUAAGCUCGCAAUGAAUCACUCAGCCACAGAGCAGGAGGGGACUGCCGAGCCAGCCGGGAGGAAAGGGGAUAGUGAGAGUCAUUGGAUACGGAAAGGGAGGAGUGUAGGGUCAAAGAGGCAGAAGCGGGAGACAGGAGGGAAAAGGAUUUAGCAGAAGGGAGAGAUGAUAGAAGAGGAGAGAGUAGUGGAAACAAGAGAGCAAAGAUUACGACGGCGCAUGACCAUCUGGGUAGGGGCUGAGUGGGUAGGGUUGGAGGAGAGGGAGACAGAAAAGGAAACAAAGUAGUGAUCAGAGACCUGAGGGGGGUUGCAAUGAGAUUAGUAGGCAAACAGCCUCUAGUAAAGAUGAGGUCAACAGUAUUGCCUGCCUUGUGAGUGGGAGAGGACUGGGAAAGGGUGAGGUCAAAAGAGGCAAGAAAGGGAAAGAAAGAGGUAGAAAGAAAUGAAUCGAAGGCAGACAUUGAAGUCGCCCAGUACGAUGAGCGGUGAGCCAUCGUCAGGAUAUGAGCUUAUCAAGAUGUCAAGCUCAUUGAAGAACUCUCUAAGAGCACCUGGUGGUGAUAGAUGACAAUGUUAAGCUUGAGUGGACAAGUGACAGUGACAGAAUGAAAUUCAAAUUAGGAGAUGGAAAAUCUCAAUUAUAGGAGACAUUAGUAGCCCUGUGCCACCACCGUGUCGACCAGAUGCUUUCGGACUAUGAGAGAACACGUAGUCAGAUGAAGAGAGAGUAGCUGGAGUAGCAGAGUAGCAGUGUCUCUGGGGUGAUCCAUGUCUCUGUAAUGUAAUGUAAUUGCCUAGCAGAGGUGAAGAGCACACCUCCCAGUAGUAAUUGCUGAUUGCCUAGGAGAUUAAUAAACAUCUCCCCCUCCAAUACAGCCACUGAUUACAAAAAACAACAACAAUCGGGUGCAAACCACCAGAGAGAAGCCAAGCAGCAUGAAGGGGGAAAAUGGCGACUGUGCUUGAAUCUGUAAGUGCUGCAAGUGAUGUGUGUGACAAGGAGAUUCAUUUGGGAAAUCCAUUUGUAAUAUCGAGGACUGUGAAGAAAGCAGUGGGAAAGGUGGAUUCAAUCAAGGUGACUAGAAGCGGACUUGUUUUGGUUAAUUGUGUUGAUGAAGAACAGCAGAAGUGUGCACUGGAUCUGGAUGAAUUCUUCAAGUCAGAAGUAACAUGUAUUGAUCUUCGGAGCAGGGCGCCUGCCAAAGGAGUUAUAGCUGGAGUCUUGUUGGAUAUACAGCUGCGGAAAAAAUUAAGAGACCACUGCAAAAUUAUCAGUUUCUCUGGUUUUACUAUUUAUAGAUAUGUGUUUGGGUAAAAAUAACAUUUUUGUUUUAUUCUAUAAACUACUGACAACAUUUCUCCCAAAUUCCCCCCCAAAAUAUUGUCAUUUAGAGCAUUUAUUUGCAGAAAAUGACAACUGGUCAAAAUAACAAAAAAGAUGCAGUGUUGUCAGACCUCGAAUAAUGCUAAGAAAAUAAGUUCAUGUUCAUUUUUAAACAACACAAUACUAAUGAAAUCAAUAUUUGGUGGAAUAACCCUGAUUUUUCAAUCACAGCUUUCAUGUGUCUUGGCAUGCUCUCCACCAGUCUUUCACAUUGAUGUUGGGUGACUUUAUGCCACUCCUGGCUCAAAAAAUUCAAGCAGCUCGGCUUUGUUUGAUGGCUUGUGACCAUCCAUCUUCCUCUUGAUCACAUUCCAGAAGUUUUCAAUGGGGUUCAGGUCUGGAGAUUGGGCUGGCCAUGACAGGGUCUUGAUCUGGUGGUCCUCCAUCCACACCUUGAUUGACCUGGCUGUGUGGCAUGGCACAUUGUCCUGCUGGAAAAACCAAUCCUCAGAGUUGGGGAACAAUGUCAGAGCAAAAGGAAGCAGGUUUUCUUCCAGGACAACCUUGUACGAGGCUUGAUUCAUGCAUCCUUCACCAAGACAAAACUGCCCGACUCCAGCCUUGCUGAAGCACCCCCAGAUCAUCACCGAUCCUCCACCAAAUGUCACAGAGGCUUGUAGGCCUCUCCAGGUCUUCGUCUAACCAUUAGACGACCAGGUGUUGGGCAAAGCUGAAAAUUGGACUCAUCAGAGAAGAUGACCUUACUCCAGCCCUCUACGGUCCAAUCCUUAUGGUAUUUUGCAAACCUCAGCCUGGCUCUUCUUUGCUUCUAAUUGAUGAAGGGCUUUUUUCUAGCUUUGCACGACUUCAGCCCUGCCCCUAGGAGCCUGUUUCGAACUCGCUGUGCAGUUCACCCCAGCUGCCGUUUGCCAUUCUUUUUGUAGGUCACUUGAUGUCAUCCUACGGUUGUUGAGUGACAUUCGAAUGAGUUGGCGGUCAUCCUGGUCAGUAGAGAGUUUUUUCGCCCUCUGCCGGUCUGUAGCUUUGUUGUCCCCAAUGUCUGCUGCUUGACCUUGUUCUUAUGAACCGCCGUCUUUGAAAUUUUAAGGAUGGAAGAAACCUGACGCUCACUGUAUCCCUCUGCCAGUAAAGCCAGAAUUGAACCCUUCUUUUCCUCACUCAACUUUCCUUUUCAACUCUUUUGGCAUGGUCAAUCGUUAUUUUUUUAUUAAUAUUAUUUUUGAGGUACUAUUAGCACUGUUUUUGCCAUCCAGCUGGUCCUAUUGCAAGAGGAUAGUGAUAACCACAGCAGUGGUUUUUAUACUUUUCCUUGUUGGUUCAUGUGAUCACCUAAUCAGUACCUAAUUCAGUAGAAUGAGGUGUGCCUGUGUUGGAAUUCAACAGACACUGGAAUGGAAUGGCUGUCAUACAUGUAGAGAUGCUGAUUUAAGAAACAUUUGCAGUGGUCUCUUAAUUUUUUCCACAGCUGUAGAUGAUGAGUACCUUAGUCAGAAAAUCCCAGGAGUGGUCAGUGCACGUCGCCUGACCCGUUUGGUAAAUGGAAGGAAGGAGAAAAGCCUAUCGAUAUUAUUGUUGUUUGAGGAGACUCUGACUCUGAGAAUAUGUGAAGCUUGGAAUUGUGAGGUAUGUGGUGAGCGCAUUUGUGUCCAAACCAUUACAGUGUGGAAAUUGUAAAGGAUGUGGUCACGUGUCAAAUGCUUAUAGACGGGAGAAGUAUUUUGAAGAAUCAGAGAAUGGAAAAUGUUGCAACUGUGGUGGGGAUCAUACUCCGGACUUCCUUGAGUGCCCUGCGCAGCGGAUCUCCUAUGUGGAGGUGGUGAAGAGAGUCGAAGGGGCAAGAAGGAACCGUGUUAAAGAUAUUGUGGUGGAUGCAUUGCAACCAGUUGCAAGUGUUUUAAGUCAAUCGGGUGAUCUGGAUACACUCAUUGUGAAGAAGGUAGUUAACCUCUACGGGAUCGGUGUCUAACGUGCGCUAAUGUGAUUAGCAUGACUGUGUAAGUAACAGCAAACUUUCCAGGACAUAGACAUGUCUUAUAUGGGCAGAAAGCUUACAUUCUUGUUAAUCUAACUGCACUGUCCAAUGUACAGUAGCUAUUACAGUGAAAAAAUACCAUGCUAUUGUUUGAGGAGAGUGCACAAGAACAAAAAACGUAUCACUUAUCUAAAUUGCGCCUAAACUGCAAUAUUAUAUUGUGGCCUUUUUCUUGCAUUUCAAAGACGAUGGAACAAUUUUUUUUAUAUAAAACUCAUGUUUUUUUGUUUGUAUUAUCUUUUACCAGAUCAAAUUAUUCUGUUAUAUUCUCCUACAUUAAUUUCACAUUUCCACAAACUUCAGUGUUUCCUCUCAAAUGGUAUCAAGAAUUUGCAUGUCCUUGCUUCAGGUCCUGAGCUACAGGCAGUUAGGUUUGGGGAUGUCAUUUUAGGCUAAAAAUGAAAUAAAGGGUCCGAUUCUUAAGAGGUUAACAGUGAUUAAUUGUACAGCACAAGUGUCUAAGAAGCCGAGAAGUUUUUGGGGCGCCAAGACUUCACGGCAGAAGCACUACAAUGACUAUUGUCGCUAGGAAAUGUCCCGCCCUCACAGGAGCCUGUGUUGGGACCUGAUUAAAAUGAGUUUUUUACAGAAAAGCAGGUUGAUUUUGUUUAGUUAAUUUCUUUUUUGGUAGUUUGAAUUAUUUAUUUUUUAUUAUUACCGAAAUGUUUUCCUUUUUGGGAUCCUUAUUAUCCACCCGCACAGUAGGUGGCAGAACGCACAUCUAAUUGUUGCGAACGCCAUUAUACCAUAGAAGAAGAACAACAAUCACAUAUUGCCCUGCCCCUUAAUCCUGGUUGAUGUGUCAACAAUCAGCUGCAAGUUAUGAGCAGUCAGCAGUUCACACAACAAGUAGGCUGCUGGGAAGACAGACAGCACUUUAAAGUAGAUGGCCCUAGCUAUCAAAAAGACAGUACUAGACAACAACAGCUUAUACUUAUCACUCCUGGAGAUAUCUGGAGUCCUCUAGCUAUAGAUGGAAGCACAAUGGCUGAUGAUACCUAGCAAUACCUAACUUGCUUGCUAGCUUGUUAAUACCCACAUGAGGGUGAAGCUAGCAUGGCUAAGAGAGUGCCGCUUGUAUAGACAAUACCCCUGUAAGCAGCGCAAUUGACGUUGAAUACACCGAUGCAUCAGGCUGUAAAAUCAUAGUCAUGGGUAUCUGCAUACAUGGAGUGUGUCUGGAAGUGGGCGUGGCGAAAUAAGUGGGAGGAUCAACACAAGUGGGUGUAUGAAAAGCAAAUCAGCUAAUUGGGCAGAUUUGUUGCCACUCAAGACCAUUUUGCGUGACUGACUGGGCUGCACAACGAGUCGAUAAGCCGGUGCGAAUGAAAUGGAUUUCCAUGGCCGAGCAGCUGCACACAAGCCUAAGAUCCCCAUGUGCAAUGCCAAGCGUCGGCUGGAGUGGUGUAAAGCUCUCCGCAAUUGGACUCUGGAGCAGUGGAAACACGUUCUCUGGAGUAAUGAAUCACGCUUCACCAUCUGGCAGUCAGACGGACUAAUCUGGGUUUGGCGGAUUCCAGGAGAACGCUACCUGCCCCAAUGCAAAGUGCCAACUGUAAAGUUUAGUGGAGGAGAAAUAAUGGUCUGGGGCUGUUUUUCAUGGUUCAGGCUAGGUCCCUUAGUUCCAGUGAAGGGAAAUCUUAAAGCACCAGCAUACAUAUACAUUCUAGACGAUUCUGUGCUUCCAACUUUAUGGCAACAGUUUGGGGAAGGCCCUUUCCUGUUUCAGUAUAAAAAUGCCCCCGUGCACAAAGUGAGGUCCAUACAGAAAUGGUUUUUCGAGAUCGGUGUGGAAGAACUUGACUGGCCUGCACAGAGCCCUGACCUCAACCCCAUCGAACACCUUUGGGAUAAAUUGGAACGCCGACUGCGAGCCAGGCCUAAUCGCCCAUCAGUGAUCGACCUCACUAAUGCUCUCGUGGCUGAAGUCCCUGCAGCAUUGUUCCAACAUCUAGUGGAAAGCCUUCCCAGAAGAGUGGAGGCUGUUAUGGCAGCAAAGGGGGGACCAACUCCAUAUUAAUGCCCAUGAUUUUGGAAUGAGAUGUUCGACAAGCAGGUGUCCACAUACUUUUGGUCAUGUAGUGUAUCUUUGCUCCGCAGGCCUUUUGUUUGACACAUGUGGCUUAGUCUAACAGAGCUCACCUGUUUCUGUGUUCAGUUGAACCAGUCAGGCUCCAGUGUCAGGGGGCUGGUGGAGCUGCAGUCGGGCAGGAGGAAGCUGUGGGCUCUGGGGGAGCUGGCUGUCACUGAGGGCGGCUACCGUCAAGCCCUGGAGCUCAACCACACCUACCCACAGGUAGGCACCCAUUCACUGUACAAGCUGUCUCCUAGUUAUGAGUUCACACUAAAAACAUUGUUGUAGGUGCUGGAUAGGUGUAAAUAAUAUGGCGUAAGCUUUUUUAAAAGUCUGUUGGAAGACUAGGUUCCUUCAGAUAUGUAGUUCAUUCAGAUCCGCAAACAAUGGAAUCUUUCCAAAUCAUCUGCAAACACUAAGAUUAUGCAUUCUGAAUAACCGUUCCUACCAUGCCACCAUCACAGCUUUCAUACUAAUACUUUGUGAUGUACUUAUUUCCAGGGUUGGGGUCAGUUUUUAUUUCAAUUCGAUCAAUUCAGGAUGUUAAACUGAAAUUCAAAUGUUCCUCAAUGUAAUUGAGACAUUGGAAGAAAUUGGAAUCGGAAUUUCAGUUUACUUCCUCAAUUUAAAUGUCAUUGACCCCUUACCCAACCCUGCGUUUGACCAUGCGAUUGGUUGUGUUGUUAGCUGAAGCCCCUGCCUAGGAACAUUGCAGUGAGGAUGUUGUACGAGGCGAGGAACUGGAGCCACCAGCUGCAGCAUUGGGCCGUGUGGGGCAGUCAGGAGUUCAACAUGGCAGGCCUCUACGCUGCCCCUCCAGGACUGCAGCUGGGAGACCGCACACUCAAUGGUACUAUACACUAUUGGCCAGUUUCAUGUAUAACCAGCUCAUACUGUCUUAAAAUCAUCUUGUACUAAUACUUCUGACUAAAUACCCGCUAUUUUGAGUCUGUUGGAAUGUACAUAGAAAUAAUAACAUCAUGCCUUAUUGUAAGACAUGAUCUAGGCUCAUAUAUACAUAUAGGAACUUAUUAAACAUUAUACCUGCAGGCUUUACCUAUGUGACGUGUUUCCUUGUCCUCAGUUCAGAUUGCGUCUGUGCCUCGCGGGUGCAGUCUGGAUGUGGCGUUAGAGCGCUCCCUCCAUGGUAGACUGGACAGUGUUGUGCUGGGCUGGAACAGACAUGGAAGACAGGAGGAGGUGAGACUGGUUACACUACUGAGCUAUGAGUUGAGAGUCAACAAUGUAUUGGAUCAUUGGAAUGAAUUGAUGUGUGAAUGAAUUCAUAAAUGAAUGGACAAAUGAAUGAAUGAGUAUACUGCUUGAUCCCCAGUAGGGUUGCAACAUUCCCUGUUUUUUCAAGCUGCAUGAGAAUCCUCCAACUGGGAUUCUUGAAAAAACAGUGCAUUUUGGGAAAGGUUUGGGAAUUUUGCAACCUUAUUCCCCAGAGAGGAUGCCUGAAGGAGACAAUAUAGGCCUGUAUAGGAUGAUUGUAGUACUUCAUGUUGUCUUUCUGGAAUGUGUUACUGUGGAUCUGAUUUGUGUUUUUGUGUUUGUUCAGGUUCGAGCUCUCUCCUUGUGGAGGGGUCAGGGGGAGAGUAGUGAGACAACAAUGGAGCUGAGACAGCCAUUCACCGUAACACUCUCCCAACUCUACCUGCACACAAUCUCACACACCUCGGCCACAGACCAAAGAAGCAACCAUCAGGUACCGGCAAGAUGGACACGUGCACACACCACACACACGUAUCAAUAUAAUUGAUUUAUGACGUGUGUGUGUCUCUCUCUCUUUCUCUCUCUCUCUGUGAGCUCAGACCCAUGUCUCCUGGGACAGUGGAUUUCCUGUGAAUGUUUCCCUCACCCUCAGCCAACAGUGGCUGGACAGCUUCACUAGGGGGCAGGCCUGUGCCCGCUUCUCUCCUGCAGAGGUACAACCAUAGACACAAUAGCAUGUUCUAUUUAAGUCUGUGGGUACAAAUUCCCACUCUAGUACCAUCUAUUGUUGAUGGUUCCCACUGGUUAAUAAAGGUUAACAGGGAUGUGUUUCCCAAAACGUUAAGAACGUUGUUCAUCCGUUGCCUACCAAUCGAUUUAAGAUUAUCUUAAUGCUACACCCAAGACUUGUUUUGUUUUUUCUAAUCUUUCAUCUGGAGCUCAGCUGGAGUGUGUGUGCUUGUGUGACCUACAGGCAGUAGUCCCUUCCCUGGUGGCUGUUGAGGGAUGUGUCUCAGUGGCCAAGGAAGGGAACCUCCUACUCCCAGAAUGCUGAGCUGAAGUGGGGUGACAAGAGCCUCAGACAAAGCAUGAACUACCAGGUACUGAAUUCAGGUCAUUAUUGUAAAAUGUGUUCUCGAUUACUUACCUGGUUAAAUAAAGGCACACCAUUCUUUUUUGGAGGUGAUCGGUGCGAGAAAUCACUAAUCUGGAUCACAUAAUGGUUAUUUGGAAUGUAAAUAAUUGAUACAUCUUACUCUAUUUAAAGGGUUAAUAGUGUAGUCUCUAGAGUGUGUGUUGUGUGUUUCCACAGAGGAGUGCCACAGGACUACACACCCUCCAGCUGGAGGCUGGAGCAGAGAACGUGUCUCCCGCCCCCAUGUCCCUCACACACCCUGCUGGCCCAGUUCCACACCAACCUCAGAGACAGGAUGGAGCACCACAUACAGGUGGGCCUCUGUCCCCCACACCUGGUGAGUAUGGUCAUCCUGUUAGGUCAUCGUCGACCUAACUUCAUUAUUAUACUGUUGUACAGAGACAGAGUAAGCACUUAGUACAACCAGUGUGUUGUUUUCUGUGUGUGUGUGUGUGUAUCUAUAUGACAGUCUCUUGGCUGGUCUGGGUACCACAGAGUGAACAUAGGGGCAGAGCUGCUGUACACCAAGACCCGUCUCUCUGUGACGGGACAUCCACACUGCAGCCUCAGCCUGGCUCUCACCAACUCCUCCACUGCAUACAGCACCAACAUAUCACUGGUAACUGAGGUGAGCACUGCUAUUAGCCUUUACCAGGGUAUUAUUUUAAUAUACUGUAUGUACAUUAUGGUCUUUAUUAUGUACAUUGUAUGUGUAUUAUAUGGUAAUAUACAUGAUUGUAUUAUAGGGCAUGGGGCAAGGUCAUGUGUUCAUACCAUUAGAGUUUAUAGCCAUCUGUAUCUGCACCGUGUAAAGUAUUUACCUUUUUACCUGUGUGUGUCUGUCUGUCCGUCUGUGUGCCUGUCUGUGCUGUAGUCUAUGGUGGGUAACUGGAGUGUGGAGGUAGGGGGCAGUGCACUCUCCUCCCUGCGGGGUCCUGGGCUGCAGAUCCAGGUCAGACUCGACCGCAGUGAGCAGGUGUGGCUGAGGGGGGCACUAGAGGGACGCUGUCUACACACCACAGCUGGAUAUGGGAACGGUAAUAUAGGCUUGAAGAUUGAGAACAAAAUAAGUUGUGGCUAGUAAUGUUAGGCAAGCCCAUUGUAUAUCUUUCAUCUCAAUAGAUCAUGUCAUGAUCUAAGAUUUUACUUGACUGGUGUUCAUAAUUGUGUCUUUGGUGUGUGUGUGUGUGUGUGUGUUUGUGUGUGUGUGUGCAGCUAUAGGACCAGAUGAGGACCUCACAGUGGCACUGUGUCUGGAGGGCCAACGGAAGUUAGGCCUAACCCUUGAAGUACUGAGACGAGAGGACGGGACUCUGCUUGAGUCACUCACGUCCGUCUCCGUGGGCACAGCCAAUCAGAGCCUGUUGUUACGGGCCAGGGGAUGUGCAGAGAGCCUAUUGGCAGUGGAGGUAAGAGAUUUACACCCAGUAGAAAGCGACCGUUGAUCUGUCUCAUGAAAACAUGAGACAUCCUACCAGACUUCCUGAAACCAGUUUCCUGAUUAUCCCACUAUUUCAAUGCCGUCUCCAGGCUCAGGUCCACCAUUUGGGCUCUCAGAUGAGGAAUAAGAUCUUGGAGAGAGUGCAGACGUUACAGCAACUCCUGACAGAAUUUGGCCUGCAGGUUUGCUUUGGAAAUUAAUUUACAUCCGUGGUAUAUGACUUACUUGAAUGCUUGAAUACAUAGACCCUUACUUGAAUGCACUAAUUGUAAUAUUAAGUAGCUCAGGAAAAGAGCAUCUGUCCAAAUCAAAUGUUAGUACUCCAUAGAUUAAUCCACUAAUGUUUCUUAACAGCUUUCUAACAAUUAUGCCCUGUAAUCCUCCUGCCACUAGUCUAAGGACAUUGAAUUGCUUCAGGACCUGAGUGGCGCAGCCCUACGUUUUACCCAGAGAACAGAGACCCUGCUGGGGCAGAGAGAGGGAGGAGCGUGGGGCUCCUGGAGGACCAGCCGACUACGCCACGCUCUGUCCCACUGCCUGCCACGCCUCCUCCUCCUGCUACAGCACGCCUCUCAGCUUGGACAGCAUGAGCUCAGGAGUGAGUGACCUUUGACCUAUCGUUGGGAGUCUAACCCUGUCAUAAACUUAUCUUAACCUAACCCCUAGGGUUUAUGCUAUCAGUCUGGUAAUGUCACUCACCUGAGUUGACAAGUUUAUGGAGGUUCAGUGAGUGUUUGUGUCUCUGUGUGUGCAUAUGCGUGUACAGUACAUACCUACACCUUCUAACUUUACCACCUCCAUUAUCCCCAUUCCCAGGACCACUGGCCACUAUAGCCGGGGCGUACCAUGAUGUGACAGGCCAGAAGGUAGACUCUGUAUGGAGGGAGGCUGUGUCCAUGUGGACAGACAGACUGGUGGAGCUCCUACCCCCCCUACUGGAGAACCCUCAUCUCAGACCCGUAGCCCAGUUCACCCUCACUACCCUCAGCACUGUCCUGGAUGUGGUGAGUUUAUAGUGGAUUGAGACACUAUACUAGAAAAGGGGAAUGACCGAUUGGUAUGGCAGCCAUUUUGGAGAGAGUUGUGUGGUUGUAGGAAUAACGAAGGAGUUUAUUUCUGGCAAUUUACGCUUGCAUAUUUGUACCAGGUGAGCCAUCAGACUGCCCACUGGGCAGAGUUGAGGUUGGCAGUAGCCUUGGCGGGGGUCAGAAGAAGAUUGGCCUCGGUGUACAAACUCUCCGCAAGGUUUGAACUCUACUAGAGCUUCCGUUUCUGUUUGUUAACUGUAUUAUUUUGUAUUAAAUUAAAGAAUAUCCUUAAACAUUUCCUAGAGUGAGUUUAUCAUGUACUUGAGCUACAAGGAACAUGAUUGUUGCAUGUUUUUGUUGAGAUAGGCAGAAGACACAUUUCUGUUCUUACAAAAAUGGACAAUAAAGUAUCUAUUUUAUUAUAUUUUACUCCCCCAGUGACUGCGCUGUGUCUGUAACUAUACCUCUGCCCCUGGCGUGGGGCCCUUGGUCCAGGAUGGAGAAGUUUGGGGUGGUGGAGGUCCUUCUGGAGGAGUGGCUCCUCAGGCCCUUGCAGGCCCUCACCUCCCUCAGACCCACCGCCGAGCUCUACCGCCUCAAGAGGAGGAUCAUGGACAGCCCCUUCUGCCGUGAGCUAGAUCGCCAUUUUGUAUUGGGAUUGGAGCCGUGGGCUCUUUCUCAAUGUAUGUUUCCUUGAAUUUGCUCACCUCAUCUGCUUGCCAACCAUGGACCUUCUCCUCCCAAACUGUUGAGAAGGAGGCGAGGAGACAGGAUGCAAGGAAUUGAGGAAAGAUUAAUUGAGAAAAAGCCAUUUAUUUAUUGGUCCGUUAUUUUAAUAUCUCUAAAAUGCAUCUUUGGUCUCAUCCAUCCUUUGUGAUAUUAGCCGAUCCCUCUCUCUGUCCCUCUCUCUCUCCGUCCCUCCCUCCCUUCACCAGAUGUAGCUCUGUUGGUGGCCGACCAGUUUGUGGUGUCGUUCGACGGCCACCUGUAUGAGCUGCCAGGCCCGUGUCCAGUCAUCCUAGCCCGCGAUGUCACUCAGGAUGACUCCUUCACUGUGCUACUAGGUUCAGACUCCAACUCACAGCGCACUCUGGUGGUGCGGAUGAAUAACAGCACUGUCACCAUCCACCACAAUGGAGAGGUACAGGACAUUAUAAUAAACGGUUUUUACACUGUUCUCUAUACAGUAUUUCAGAUAAUGACAUUAUUGAAAGGAUGAUUUGAUAAAACAGAUAUAAUUUUUCUACUAUUACAGGUGAAAUCCAAUUGUCAUGGCACACAGACAUCCUACAGUGAUAAUGGACUGGUCAUCAGGAAAGAGGGGAAUGUUGUUGAGGUGUCCAAUCAGAAUGGAGCGCUGGUGUCUUGUGACCCAUCGCUCGACCUGUGCAGCCUGACUCUGAAUGGCUGGCUACAUGGUAUGAACGUAAUUCAAAAUAAGACAUUUGCGCACCAUUACGCUUUUGAUAACAAUAAUUACUGUUUAGGUUUACUGAGUACGGACUUCCACCAAAAGCUUUUUUUCCCAGAGAAUCUCAUGUCAUAUUUAUACCGAUGUAUGGUAGUAUUAUUUAGUUCAAGUAGACAAGCAGAGGUAAUUAGUGACUCCUUCACUGUCUAUAUGUCAUUAUAUGUCAUUCACUGUCUUUGAUUGUCUAUGCAGGUGUGUCCACUGGUGUCCUAGGGACCAAUGACAAUGAAGCAGGAAAUGACUUCCCUCUUCCUGAUGGCUCCCAGGCUGACAACAUGGCUGACUUUGUGCACAGCUGGCAGGUAGGACAAGACACAUUUGACACAUUAUGGCUUUACAGUUAUAGCCUCCUACAUAAAUAAAAAAUCUAUGAAUGUGCUUUUCAUUCUCAUUCCCAUGUGUUUUUGCCUACAGAUCAGUCCUGAGUGUGGCGGUGUCCCACAGAUAGCAGAGCCCUGUUCUAAGAUGACUGCCGACUCUCUGAGCUGUGACUUUCUCUUCUCUGCCCGUGACUCUCCACUGGGCUCCUGCUUCAGAGUGGUGAGGACAGCUUUACACACACACUUGGUGUAUACUGUGCAGCAUUACUAGGGCUGACCCCAUUUAGUCGACUGGUCGAUUGUUUGGUCGAUAGGUUGUUGGUCUGACCGAGAUUUCUUUAGUCAAGCAGUAGCAAAAAAAAAAAUGUUUUGCAAUCAUAGUGUACAAGACACCUGUCUGAUUGGCGCCUGUCUGAGUGGACUGAUCCAUUGUGGAGGCCGUGGGGAUGGCACAGUCCAUCACUCUAAGACAUGCUACUGAAAUUGUAUAUGGUUAUAUUACGUAAGAACAAUGGUGCAACACUAAUACAAAUAAUAUUAUUUUAUAACAAAUGCUUUCUCCCGCAUUGGAUAGUGGUCGCUUUCCAACGGUUCAGAAACACAUCAGUGCGCUGUUGAACUGGCGCCUUUUCCUAGACCAUGUUGCUAUGUGCAUGAUAGCAAGGUUAACCAGCAUAUUGGUGUUGAGAACAAUGCAGCGGAGGCAGCAGCAGAAUGAGGAGAUGAGAAAACAGCCCUCGCCUUAUUGUCUAAGAAAAGUGAGGAGAGAGGAAACGCCAACUUUUAAUUAGAUCUACAGUUGAUGUCGGAAGUUUACAUACACCUUAGCCAAAUACAUUUAAAAUCAGUUUUUCACAAUUCCUGACAUAUAAUCCUAGUAAAGAUUCCCUGUCUUAGGUCAGUUAGGAUCACCACUUUAUUUUAAGAAUGUGAAAUGUCAGAAUAAUAGUAGAGAGAAUGAUUUAUUUCAGCUUUUAUUUAUUUCAUCACAUUCCCAGUGGGUCAGAAGUUUACAUACACUCAAUUAGUAUUUGGUAGCAUUGCCUUUAAAUUGUUUAACUUGGGUCAAAUGUUUCGGGUAGCCUUCCACAAGCUUCCCACAAUAAGUUGGGUGAAUUUUGUCCCAUUCCUCCUGACAGAGCUGGUGUAACUGAGUCAGGUUUGUAGGCCUCCUUGCUCGCACACGCUUUUUCAGUUCUGCCCACACAUUUUCUAUAGGAUUGAGGUCAGUGCUUUGUGAUGGCCACUCCAAUACCUUGACUUUGUUGUCCUUAAGCCAUUUUGCCACAACUUUGGAAGUAUGCUUGGGGUCAUUGUCCAUUUGGAAGACCCAUUUGCAACCAAGCUUUAACUUCCUGACUGAUGUCUUGAGAUGUUGCUUCAAUAUAUCCACAUAAUUUUCCUUCCUCAUGAUGCCAUCUAUUUUUUGAAGUGCACCAUUCCCUCCUGCAGCAAAGCACCCCCACAGCAUGAUGCUGCCACCCCCGUGCUUCACAGUUGGGAUGGUGUUCUUCGGCUUGCAAGCAUUCCCCUUUUUCCUCCAAACAUAACGAUGGUCAUUAUGGCCAAACAGUUAUAUUUUUGUUUCAUCAGACCAGAGGACAUUUCUCCAAAAAGUACGAUCUUUGUCCCCAUGUGCAGUUGCAAACCGUAGUCUGGCUUUUUUAUGGCGGUUUUGGAGCGGUGACUUCUUCCUUGCUGAGCGGCCUUUCAGGUUAUGUCAAUAUAGGACUCGUUUUACUGUGGAUAUAGAUACUUGUGUACCUGUUUCCUCCAGCAUCUUCACAAGGUCCUUUGCUGUUGUUCUGGGAUUGAUUUGCACUUUUCGCACCAAAGUACGUUAAUCUCAAGGAGAGAAUGCGUCUCCUUCCUGAGCGGUAUGACGGCUGCGUGGUCCCAUGGUGUUUAUACUUACAUACUAUUGUUUGUACAGAUGAACGUGGUACCUUGAGGCGUUUGGAAAUUGCUCCCAAGGAUGAACCAGACUUGUGGAGGUCUACAAUAUUUUUUCUGAGGUCUUGGCUGAUUUCUUUUGAUUUUCCCAUGAUGUCAAGCAAAGAGGCACUGAGUUUGAAGGUAGGCCUUGAAAUACAUCCACAGGUACACCUCCAAUUGACUCAAAUGAUGUCAAUUAGCCUAUCAGAAGCUUCUAAAGCCAUGACAUCAUUUUCUGGAAUUUUCCAAGCUGUUUAAAGGCACAGUCAACUUUAGUGUAUGUAAACUUCUGACCCACUGGAAUUGUGAUACAGUGAAUUAUAAGUGAAAUAAUCUGUCUGUAAACAAUUGUUGGAAAAAUUACUUGUGUCAUGCACAAAGUAGAUGUCCUAACCGACUUGCCAAAACUAUAGUUUGUUAACAAGACAUUUGUGGAGUGGUUGAAAAACAAGUUUUAAUGACUCCAACCUAAGUGUAUGUAAAAUUCAGACUUCAACUGUAUAAUCAAUAGCUGUUAAAUGUGCCUGGCUUUAAAAAUCAUCAAUAUACAGUAUCUACAGAAAUAAGACAGAUCCUGCUUCUGUUGCCUAUUUGAGUGUUUGUUUAAUAGCCUACUGAUUCCGUGAGCACCAAGCCUCACGCAAUGACUGGUCAAGUAAACAAUUUCACAAAUUAGGCUGUUUUUAAUCUUUGUAAUAAAGACUUUACACUUUUUUCGUUAGAACAGCCUCUCUGCUAUUAAUUAUCAUUAAUUUAGUGUUUACACUGUUCAACAUUUUCCAAAAAAGUAUAUUUAUUAUAUUUAUAAUAAUAAUAACACUAAUUUUUCUUGAUCUCCUUCUUAUUGUUAUUAUUAAUAUUAUGAUCAUCAUUAUAAUAAUAAGUAAUGUCAUUAUCAUUAGUAGGCUUAGUAUAGCAGCCUUGUAUGACCACCAUUGAGCUGUAGGCCUAAGAGCGCAUCCAGAGUUUGUUAUAGCCAAUUUAUUGAUGUGAUUAAGAUAUGCUAUAGGUCAGGCCCUAUUGUGCCCUAUUCAGAUGUGAUUUAUUUUACUGGGGGAGGUCGGGUAAUGUAAUUGUGUGCGCCAGCACAAAACACCACAUCUGUAAUCUUUGCCCCGUCCGAAUCUGACAUGUCAGUAAUUUUUACAGGGCAGGAGAGUGACAAUUCCAGCCAGAAUAACAUACAGUUUUUUGGCGAACUCCAAGGUCUUCUGAUAAUACUAGUCCCGUGCAAAUCGACAUACCUGUGUUUUGAGAUAAAUGUCUGAGUUUGACAGGUGUUGCUUGCGGUUUGCGCAAGAAAACAAUAACUGAUUGGAUAAACUGAAGUGCUGCGCAUAGCCUAUAUAUGAAUGGCCUACAUGUAGCCUAUCAACUUUUACAGUGAAUGCUUUUGUUGAUAUGUUUUGUGCAUAUGAAUUGAAUAUUGGCAAAUGCAUAAGUAAAAAAUAUUGAGCCUAUUUAAUGCAACCCUUGCUGUUAAUAGAUCGCAAAGCAGCAUACAGCUGACCUAAACAUUUGGAUAUGAUAAAUUAACUUUCUCAUCCAUUGCCUUAAAACACACCUCAAGUGCAAUUGCACUGUUAACUCACAUCUGAAGGCUGGGGGGCAUUUAGGAUGUACUGCCGAUCGCAAAACUAUCCUAAUGAUCACACUUCCUCAAUUCAAGUAUUAUGGCAACACUCUACCAAAGAUGGUCUGGUAUGGCUUUGAAACUUGGGAACCAAGCUGGAGUUAUCAGUGUGGCUUGUUGAAAUACUGCAUCUUCACGCCUAGAAUAAAAACCUCCAGACUUCCGUCAUAACUGUACAUUUAUUAAAAAAUAAAUACAAAAAUAAUUUAUAGGGGGCAGUUUGGAAAAAACGAAUUUCGUCCGAAUCGUACUCUGGAAUAAAGAACAUUCUGGAGUAAUAAUUACAUAACCAACGUUCUCUAGUAAUACUAGUCCGGUGGGAAUAGGUCUUUGGUCACGUGCAGGCGAUGCAUACAUGUGUCACGUAAAGAGAGCAAGGGUUGAGGGAAUAUGGAAUGUUUUUCCUAAACAAAUGAGGGAUUUCGGUAACAGAACUUUUCAGUCGGAAAUGGCUGUAGUUAUGUUGCAGCUUCAGCAACACGGACAGCGCGAUAAACACUGUGAUGUUCUGUGGUGGUCGCUGCAGCAGGGAGGAGAGAGAGACAACGGGUGCCAGUCACACAGUCACUUGCUGUUUUGUUUUUUUAACAGCGCAGCAAGUCUGAGCCCGGCCCCGCACAAUCAAAUCAGUUACUGGUCGGACUCCCUCUAGUAAUUUGUGUGUCUUCAUUAUUUCAUCAAACAGUGUGCUUAAAGCAUCAGACAAGCUAAGAGAAUAUAGUUGAUUUGAUUAAAACACAUAAGAUGUGGCAAUAUAUGGAAAAAUACACGUUAAAAAAAUUUGACCAAUUGAUUUUUUAGUCGGGGACAGCCCUAAGCAUUAAUCAAUCAAUCAAUCAAAUUGUAUUUAUAAAGCCCUUUUUAUAUCAGCAGGUGUCACAAAUUGCUAUACAGAAACCCAGCCCAAAAACCCCAAACAGCAAGCAAUGCAGAUGUAGAAGCAUGGUGGCUAGGAAAAACUCCCUAGAAAGGCAUGAAGAAACCUAGAGAGGAACUAGGCUCUGAGGGGUGGCCAGUUCUCUUCUGGCUGUGCCGGGUGGAGAUUAUAACAGUACAUGGCCAUUAAGGCCAGAUUGUUCUUCAUGAUGUUCAAACGUUCAUAGAUGACCAGCAGGGUCAAAUAAUAAUCACAGUGGUUGUAGAGGUUGCAACAGGUCAGUACAUCAGGAGUAAAUGUCACUUGGCUUUUCAUAUCCGGGCAUUUAGAGGUUGAGCGAGAGAGUUGAAAACAGCAGGUCUGGGACAAGGUAGCCCGUCCGGUGAACAGGUCAGGGUCAAUAGGCCAGGUAGUCCUGAGGCAUGGUCCUAGGGCUCAGGUCCUCCGGGAUGUAUUCUUAGCCAACAGCUAUCUAUUUCUCUCUCGCUCUCUCGCUCUCUCUCUCACUCUCUCUCUCUCUCAGGUGGACCCAGGCCAGUUCUUAUCGGUGUGUGAGAGAAGCCAUUGUGGCUCUGUCUUGGGCCCCUCCGGAGCCCCCUGUAGGCUAGCUGCUGCUUUUGUAUACCUCUGCCAGAGAAACUAUGUCCCGUUAGAGCUCCCUGUCCAAUGCAGUAAGUAUGAUGUA